AUGUGCUCGGAAUAUCAGAAACUCUGCGGGGCAGCGAGGGAGAGCGCGGGAGGCAGAGACAAGCAGGGGCACACGAGAGGAUGCAUGUCUGAAUUUGAACAAGAGUCAGUCCCACAGUCCCAGGGAGCGGAGAGAGCAGCCUGCCGCCGCCUGUGCUGCCGCCGGCUCUCGGGGGCGGCGCCGGCACAGGCGGCGCGAGAUCCGCCCCAAUUCUCCUGCUGCGGUUGAACCCUCCGCUUUGUGUGUCCCUGCCGACGCUCCGUAGCAGGGCGGAUGUUGUGAGGAGCCGCUGCCGGGGCUGGGCGAGCCAGGCGUGCGGUGGCGGCGGUGAGUCAAAGCGGCGGAAAGAGAGGCAGGCAGGAGCGGAGGGGUCUCGCCGGGGCUCCGGGGGUCGGGGAGCCCCUGGCCGGGGUGGGCGCGAGGGCCCAAGGGGGGCGCCUGCGAGAGGCUUGGCUCGGCGGCCGCGACUAGGCCCGGGUCAGCCGCUUGGGCAGAGUGCCGCGGCGCCGAACUGCCCGCUCCUCUCCGACCCGAGAAGAGCUCCAGGCUGCCUCGUCGGCUCCGCCCGGGGCUGAGGGAAGGCGCUCCUCGCAGCCUCCAGCCACGCGGGGAAGCUCUCGGCGGUCAGCCCCGCAGAGUGGCCGCCGCCGCCGCCGCCGCGCCGGUCCUUGGCCGGGUCUCGCUGCCCUUGGCGUGGGUUCGUCGGGAGGCCUUUUCCAGGCAGGGAGCGGCUGCCGCCAGGUGCCUCCAGCCGCCGCGCGCGCAUCUUCCGUGCCCCUUUUCUCCCGCCUUUGCGCGCCUUCCUGCCGUCCCCGGCACCGUCCUUCUGCGCAGCGCUGACACCACCUCGGAGGAGCCCUGGUGGCUGUGGGGAAGCAGUUUGAUUUCAAGUUUCCGCCAAAGGAAUGCGGAGGGAGGGAGGGAGCCAAUCUCCCCUCGGAUGUGUCGUGGGGAACCUCAGUUACGCGGAGGAGGUUGUCAGUGGGAGCUUCAGCGAACCGCCUCAAACGUAAACCCCACCGAGUUCUAGCCUGUAAUCCCAUGCACACAUUGCUUAACCUGGGAGUCUUUCUGAGCAGACAGCGCAGUCUGUGGUCACCAUAGCGCCAGCCUAUAUACACUUACACAGAAAUAAAUCACACUGAUUUAAAUGAGGUAUACUCACAGGUGAGUGUUAUGGGACUGCAACCUGAUUGUGCUAGGCUCAGGGUUUGCAUCUUUGCUGCCUUAUCCUAUGCUAGGUUUACUCUGAAGUAAGCACUCUUUAGUUCACUGGACUUUUCUCACAAGUAAGUGUGCAUGGGAUCAGAUCAUUAAAUACUUUUCUUAAUAAACCUUUGAAUAUGCAACAGUAGAAGCUGCUGCAGUGGUGCCAGACAGUGAUCCAGAUGUUGCAGUGCAUGGUGGUUUAAAAAUUACCUCCACCAGUGGAAAACUAGAAGUAAUAAUUACCAUGCAGUGUAGAAAUAGCUCCAAGGCUUUCACAACUCUUGAAGACCAGAGUUAUUGCAGCAUUGUAUUCUGUGGAGAAACUAGCACUGUUUCAGAUCCUUGUGCUAAACUCUAAAUGUAAUAUGGAGUGGAUUCGCAUAUGGAUUUUCAGCUACAUUUGUUGCUUAGAAGCAAAGCUGACAUCUGCAUAGUUUCCUUUGCCCCAUUUACGGUGUAGUCCUUUUGCAAAUAAAUAGUUGUCUGAUUGUCACAUGGUUAAUCUGAUAGUCAAAAUAUUCCAGCAAUCAAGAUAAUGGUAGGAUUAAAAUUAAUAUAAAGUAAUAACAUCUGUUUACAGUGGUACCUCGGGUUAAGUACUUAAUUCGUUCCGGAGGUCCAUUCUUAACCUGAAACUGUUCUUAACCUGAAGCACCACUUUAGCUAAUGGGGCCUUCCACUGCCACCGCACCGCUGGAGCACGAUUUCUGUUCUCAUCCUGAAGCAAAGUUCUUAACCCGAGGUAAUAUUUCUGGGUUAGCGGAGUCUGUAACCUGAAGCGUAUGUAACCUGAAGCAUAUGUAACCCGAGGUACCACUGUAUUCAGAUUGUACCCUUCAAAUGACAGUUUUAUAUAACUCAUGAAGGGCUCAGGCUGCAGUCCUAUGCAUGCUUCUUUGGGAGUAAGACCACCUGAACUUAGUGAACAUAAGAAAAAGUCAGACUAAAGGCCUAUCUGGCCCUGCAUCUUGUUUUCCUCAGCAGCCAACCAGAUGCUCAGAAAAGUCCACAAACAGAACAGGAGAGUAACAGCUCCUUUUUGCUGUUGUUCACCGAACAACUGGUAUUCAGAAGCAUGCUGCUUCUUGAUCUUGGAGGUAACAUGGCCACUGAUGGCCUUAUCCUCCAUGGAUUUGUGUGCUUCCCUUUCAAAGCCAUUUAAAUUGGUGGUAGUCACCACAUCUUGUGGCAGUAAAUUCCAUGUGCUGAGUGAAUAAGUGCUUCCUUUUGUCUGUCCUAAAUCACCCACCGUUCACCUUCAUUAGAUGACCCCAGGUUAUGGUGUUGUGAAAGAUGGGGGAAACUUAACUCUACCUCCUUUCUCUACAUAAUUUGCAUAAUUUUAUAUACCUCUGGCAUGCUUCCUCUUGAUUGUAAUAUUUCCUUUUUUUCAUAAGAUAUUUAUUAAGCUUUUUUAAAAUAUUACAAUAAAAAAUGAAAAAAAAAACAAAAAUACAAAAUAAAAAUAAUUAAAAACACAUAGAUUUUCCAUUACUUAUUUUCCUUUAGCUUGUUUCCCGGACCUCCUCAUACCUCCCUUUUUUGUAUUCGAAUUCAGUUUGUUGGUUCAGCAAAUCCUUACCCUCUUUAUUUAUCCUAAUCUUUAGUCUUAAAAUAGUAACGUUAAAUUUUUACCUAUUAACAACCCAUUUUUCAUAAUCCCUUAAAGCAUUACAGCUGGAAACCACUUAAUUUCUAUCCAACAUCAUUCUAACAUUCAUUAAUUUUACAAUAAUUCUGUAGAUAGUCUUUGAAUUUCUUCCAAUCUUCUUCCACCGACUCUUCUCCCUGGUCUCGGAUUCUGCCAGUCAUUUCUGCUAGUUCCAUAUAGUCCAUCAGCUUCAUCUGCCAUUCUUCCAGAGUGGGUAUUGAUUGUAAUAUUUCCUUGUAGGGGAGUUGCUCCAACUCACUGAUUUCUUUGGUUGCCUUUUUCUGUACCUUUUCCAGCUCCACCAUAUGCUUUUAAAGAUAUGGCGAGUAGAACUGAGAUUUGCUUCUGAAUAAGCCUGGGUAGGAUUGUGCUGGGAAGGUCCUUGGCAACUAGGACCAUCUCUGCUUUCAUAGAUGUAGUGUUCAUAAAGAUGUCUACCAUUUCCUGUUAUUUCUAGUGGAAGAAAUAUCUGUGUAUAUUUUCAGUGUCAGGUCUCUAAGAUCAAGAUUAUUGCAAAACCCUGUAAUGUAGCCUUGAAAAUAAUGACUUAUUUGGUUGCCUAAGGUUAUCUUCAGGUGACCAGGUAGAUGAGAUACACGGAAGUUGGUUUGUUUUGACUUUGAGGCAACAAACAAAAACAGAUGCACGCGAAGGUCGUCUAGUAUUGUUUGCCAUUUUAUUUGUGAAGUUCUUGUAUUGUUUAAAAAACUCAUUCAUAAUGCAGGUGCACUUACAGCCUUUGGAUUUUUAGAGAUAAUUCCUCACUAAAUUAAACAAAUUCUAAUAAAAUUCGUCCACUAUAAAACUAAACUGCUUCAUAGUGUAAAUGAAAACAAUUCUGCCAGUCUUACUAUAUGCUCUCCAUGCUUGCCAUCUAGCCUGUCAGCUGUAUUUUCUGCUGUUGCCAAGGUUACUUUUUUGUGUUGAAGUGUGAAAGGUAAUCCUGAAUUGUAAGUUGAUGUUUUCAUAUUAUUCGGAAGGAAGAACAUGUUCCUGCUAAUGUGGAUGUAGAACAGAUAGACAUGAUGGCCCAGUGUUUGGGGAUUCAGGAUAUAGACUUGCUGCAUAUUAUGGGACUGACAGUGACCGGAUGUUAUAUAUAGUCUUUGUUUAUGGAUAAACAGUGUCUGGUGAUAUAUAAAAUAAGUGAAGUUCCUUAAUAUUUGCUUCAGUUUAUAGUAGAUGAAAUGAACCUGAAAAAAAGAUUGAAAAUUGCAGGCUGAAAAAAAGCUGACCACAUAUUAUAUACUAAGGAAGUUCUUCAUGGGAAUAAAAACUAUACAUGGAAAGGGAAAGGAUAGGUUAUAAGCCACUUAGAAGGCAUUUUGUCAUAUAAGCAACAUAUCAAUUAAUACAGCAGCAACAUGGAUGGAGGGCCUGUGGCCUUCCAAAUGUUGUUAAGUGCCAACUCCUGGUCAGGGAUAAUGAGAAUUGUAGUUUAAAGCAUCUGCAGGGCAACAGGUUAUCUUUUGGAUGCAUGUUUGAUUAACAGAAAACCUUUAGGAAUUCUACUGUACUGCAUGUUCUUAUACAGUCUUUGUAUAACAUCAUUAUACAUUGUGUUUCUGUUUUAAGGCAAACAAAUAUGAGUCUUGUUCUGACUAUCAUGCUCUGUUUAUAUGGAUAGAAAGCCUACAGCUGCUGUUGCAACCAUUACUUUGAACUCUAGAGAGUAAUGAAACAAUUAUUGACAAACACAAGUCUCCCGUAAAACAGAACACUAGUCAUAUAACUCUCCUGAGAGUUGUUUGGCUAUAUAGGUAUUAACUUUUUUUGUAUUGCUAUACAUGUGGAUUGUUACAUAAAAAACGGGAAUGUGUUUGCCAAUAGAUAUUUAUUGCUGUUCAGAUGGCUUCCUCUCUCCCUUUCUUUGUUUUUUAACUAUAUCAGGGAUGGGGAAACUUUUCUGUCCUGUAGACCAAGAACCACCAGCAGACAGACAUCCAUGCAAAGACUUCAACUUUGGGGACAACAGUUAACAUCCUUGAAGUGUGCUUCAAAGCGCUUUCCCUAGAAACUGCAUGGAUACGCACUUCAAAGUACCGAUGAGUGCUAAGAGACAUUGUUUUUGAAGUGCAUUUCCAGGUGGUUUAUGUUGAAACCUCUUUGAAACCUGCUUCAGUGUAAAAGCCACACCUUUACCUGCCUCCCAAUUUAUGUGUGGUAUGGGGGAAGUGGUCCAGGAGGCUGUAUUAGGACACCUGCUAGGCCUAAUUAGACCCACCCGGAGGGUCCCUAUCCCGGGAUUAUGCUUUGUGGAUUCCCUCAUUUUAAAACCAUAACUUUAGAUACAUUAAACUAUUCAUUCUAUUUAUGUAUGUCAGUCUUCAGUGAACAUUUUUGGCUCUUAUUUUGCUAGUUUUCUGUUACGACUAGGAAAAAUGCAGAUCUUCUUUUCUAGCUUUUCUUAAAUGAAAUCAUUUUAAGUUUAUGAGGCAAAAUUUUCUACAUAUUAACCUAGAUGCGCUCCAGUAUUCAUGCUGCAAACAGUGAAACGCCUUGGAGUUGUUGUACUUGUUUUCUUAACAAAUUUAUAGUAUAUUAUUAGAGGCAGUGAGUUUUAUGCCAGAGUAUGUACACAUUUAGAAGCAGGGCAAAUACAAAAAAAUGUGUAUAGUUACCUUGCUACUUUCUUCCAGUUUUGUGAAUAGUUGCAUCCUUCUUUGUUGUAAGCGUUUUCAUUUCUAAUUGGUCAAUUUCCCCCCUGUUUCAGCUUUGAGAUUAGUGGCCAUUCAAGCUGACCUGAAUUAUGACAUCAAGAGCUUCUGGAACAACAUUUUCUCGGAAGAACUAUAGAUUAAGCACAGAGCCUGAGAAGUCCAAGGCUGCAGGUAGGAAUACUGUUGUGGAUGACUGGGGGAAGAGGAGGCUGUUUUUACAAGUCUUGUCAGCAACUAAUUAGGAGAGAGAUUCACUGUUUUCAGCACCUUAGCUGUGCAAACAAAGUUGCCACCUAUUCAAGUUUGCCACUUCAUUGGCAGAUACUUUUUUUGGGUCUUAGCUCAGUUGUGCAAGCUAAUGGCAAAGCUAAAUCUGCUUAAAGGAAUUAACAUGUAUUUGGUGUUUCACCUUUCAUAGCACUCCAGACUUGUCCCUGGCACAAUGCUAUUAAAUAUCUGAUGCAUUGUUUAAGGCCAAGGGUUGGCCUAGUUGAAAUGGGUUUGCUUGUCAUCUGAUGUAAAACAGUGUUGCCCUAUGAGAGGCAGGGGAAAGCAUGGAUGGAAUUUCAAACUGGGAUAAAGGGUGUUUUAUCUGUCUUAUUUUAUCUGUUAGUUUUUAAUUCACACAGAUGGAGAAGAUGGUUUUGGUUAAGUCAGGAAUGGGGAACCUGAAACCAUGCUCUCCUACCCCCCAACUGUCAUCAUAUGCAAAGUCAGGUUUGGAAUAGGUAAAGAUGUGGCUGCAAAGGAACCAUCCGGAGCCUGUCAGUUGUGCCUUGGCAAAUGGGGGUUGCUGAUUGAUGCUGACAGCCUGUUGCCCAUUUGCAGGCGCAAUUUGGAUUCAAAGCUCACCUGUAAAUGGACAUUUCCUUUGCAGACAGAAAUUAGGUCUGAAGUGCUGGGAUGCAAUAAAGAAAUCACAACACUUGGAUGAAUGUGGCCCUCUGACUCAAAGUAAUUGCAGAAUUCACCUGGUGGGAAAAGGUUUAACUUAAUGCAAAUCUACCCUCACUUGCAGUUAACAGGUGUUCCGGUUUGAAAAGAUUGUUAUCAUAGAGAAAUGAUCAGCAUAAUCAUUUGUGAAUGCAUUUUAUCAUAGACCAAGGUUCCUACUGAUAUAGGCUCUUGAAUAGAACAGCUACUUGGUACUGGUAAUUUUAAAAGGGACUGUUAUGAAUCCCAUGCUCACAUGUGUAAUGCUAAGUUGUAGCUGUUAAAGAAAGUGCUAAGGAAACUUAGAGCAUAACAAAAUCCUUCUGUGCAGCUCUUUUGGUUUAUCGUUUAUUUGGCUUGUCCUUCAUUGUCUGUAGGCUGGUCUCUACACAUUUGCAUUAUGACUGUGCAAAGAGAAGCAGAGGGACAAGGAGAGAUAACAAGGACAGGCCAAAUUGAUCUGUCAUUUCAAGCAACAUGCUGUAGCUCCUCCUGCCAAGUAACUCAAGAGAAUGUGCAAACAUUCAAAUAGCAGCAUGGCAACAAUGAGGGGCAAGAGACACAUUAACACACUAUUUGAAUCCUUCAGGAGUAAAUUUAGUAACUUUGCUAUGAAAAAACCUGGAAGUAGAGUCUCAGCUAGAAACAACACUCUUUAUAAGAGGCAUGCUGUAUCCUCUAUUUGCUGUAUAUACUAAGACAUAUGGAAAAACAUUUAGGUAGGUAGCCGUGUUGGUCUGACGCAGUCAAAAUAUAUAUAAAAAUAAAAAAAUGUCCAGUAGCAUCUUAGAGACCAACUAAGUUUGUUCUUGGUAUAAGCUUUCAUGUGCAAGAAGUGUGCAUGCACACGAAAGCUUAUACCAAGAACAAACUUAGUUGGUCUCUAAGGAAAAACAUUUGAUAGAGAUAUAGCCUUAGCGGCAUUGGCUGAAAUUCUGUGUACACUUGGGAGUAAGUCUCACUGAAUUCACUGGGGUCAUCUUUCAAGUAAACAUUUUAAGUGAUUUAUGAGAUGAUCUUAUCAAAACUGAUUUAUUAAUCUCCAUAUUUUUGCUGAUUAAGUACUAUGAUAUAGUAUUAGCUAUAUAGGCAACAGCAUAGGCUGAAGUCAUAUGAUUUAGCUGCCUUACGGAAGCUAGCUCUGAGUGUGUCUGGGAACCUCAUGCAAACUGCUUUGAGUUCUAUGGAAGAAAGACAGGCUGUAAAUGAAAUAAAUAAAUGAAACAGGGCUGCCUAAGUUCAUCUUGCCUCACUUGUAGAAGUAAAAUUGGUAUAUUGGAGGUAAUACCUGGUUGUUCCUUGCUGACUUGGCUUUUUACUCAUUCUCAUAGGGAUAGUGAACAGCAAACUCCUGAAUGAUUAUCUGCAUCGCAUCUUUCCCAUUGCUGAUGGAACUCAGCCUACUGCUGCAUAUAGGUACUGGACUUCUGAUUCACUGAAGAGCAAGCAAAGUUGUAUUGUGGUGUUACUUUAAUGGUACUGCUUAGGAACACAGCUGAAUGCUGACCCUAGAUGAGACAAAAGUUUCAUUUUACUGCUGAAGUGUUUAUGUGGUAUAAAGCUGAUGGGCCUUUCAGACAGUAGAACUUGCAUGCCUUAGUUUUGAAGGUAUGUAUGAGAGGCCAGGGGUGUGGCAAUUACUGAUCUAAAUGAUAAUUUCUGUAAAUCUGGCUAAAUGGCACUUACAAAUGGCAAAUAAUGAUGAAAGCUGAAUGUCUUUAAACAUCUGUACACUAUUUAAGAAAUAUUUAAUGCUGUAGUUGUAACUUCACUUACCUGGGAGAAAGUCUUAUUGAAUUCAAUUUGACUUGCUUCUGAGUAGACAUGGUUAGGAUUACACUGUUAGAUUAUUAAACACUUAAAAAUGACUGACACAUGUCCACUAUUAAUUUAAAUGAAUGUGUCUCAAUAUGUUAUGUUUAUAUUAUGAAAACUAGUUUCAAGUACUUCUCAUGUGAAAUGAUGAUGUUAGCUUUCUUUGAUUAUUUUUUCAUUUCUUUUGUGUGAUUGUGAUUUUAAAAAUUGCUUUACACUUGUUCCUUGCCAGUUAUGUAUAAUCCUCCUGAAUCAAAUAAGAAAUCACAAAACAAGGCCUUUAGCAAAGUCCUCUAAUUGCAUUUUCUUGUACACAUUGGAAUCUUCGUAUUGAGACCUCUCAUGUGAAUGUUGCUCUGGAAGAACGCCUGUUGUAUGUUUGUAUUUAAAGAUCUGCUGGGGUCAAAUUCCGCCCACUAUAUACUUAGCUUCUGAACUCACAACUGAGUUGUCAGUUGUACUAAAAAUAACCUUCAUCCCUUUUUCCUUCUGAUGAGUAGCAGUUACCAGGAGGAGGAGGAGGAAUAGAGUUGUUUCUUGUUGCUUUGCCACAGCUUCCCCAGUGUAUAGUUGGAAUGCUCCAAUUCAUCAUUCUACCUUUUUUGGGGGGUGGGGGGGGUGUCAAAACUUUCAGCAUUAAGUUCCUUUGGUUUAUUCUUUAAAAGCUGAAAAAGGAGCUUAGAUUAAUUCAUAGCUCCUGUUGGAUUUAGGGGUUCUGCUGCAUAAGCCUCAACGCAUGGUGAUCCACCAACCUAAUGCAAACCACCAGCCACGUGUGGCAGCCAACAGCAGCUCUCUUUUUUCUGUCUGCCUGGAACUGUAAAAACAUAGCAGUGUUAAGAAGCUGAAAGGACACAGGCCCUGGCUGGUGGGUUUUAUUCGUCUUAGUCACAAAUUGUGCAUGUCUGCUUCACUACAGCAGUCCAAUAGGAAGCCAUAAAGAAUCUUGGCAGUUGGGAUUUGAAUACUCUAUAGCAUUGUGUUCAAAAUUUACACUAGAAGGAAAGAGUUGCAAAAUAAUUAAUUUGUUCAUGUUGGUGAACACCAGAGUGUGUCUCUGAGAAUCCAUGACGUCAUUUUCUCUAUAGAAGCUAUUUUUAUUUGUCUAAUAUUUUAGUUUCUGGUCCUUUCAAGUAGUUGUGUCCCUGGGCUAUUUUAUCUAUUAAACAUACCAUGUAGCUUUAUUAAAUAAAUAGUUUAUGGAGGAUCGUGCUGAAGUAGUGAAGAAACUCUGGUUAACAAUUCAUGUGAGUCUCUCCUUGGGGAAUUAUAUAAAAACUAUUGAAGGAUACUUCACUUUAUUUCUAGAAAGCACCUCUCCUUUCAAAACCUACAAGAACACGUAGAACGAUUGCUGGCAGAAGAUGCUGUCUCAGAAGAUGGUCAAGGUAAAUAGAUACAAUGUCUGCCAUAAGUGUCAGCUCCAAGGGGCCGAGCGACUUUGUGCGCCCAUUGUUUGUUUUUUGAGGGGGCCGGGCCCCCAAUGUUCAGCAGGAGGAGGAGGGUGAACAUAGAGCCAGGUGCAGUGCAGCUUCAGUGGCCUGUGGUGGCUCCUCCUCCUCCUCCUCCUCCUGUCGUAUGGGGAAGGGACGGGAGAAGCAGCCUAUACUGGAGCCAAGCAUGGCAUAGCUCAGUGGUCAUUGGUUGCUGCUGCUGCUGCUGCUACCGCCACUAGCUGGGAGCGGCUUCCCCCAUCUUUACCUUGCAUGGCAGAGGGAAGGGGAGGACAGAGGCUGUGCUGCCACCAUGUUUGGCUCCAUUCCCUGGCUCCUUGUGACCUUGCAUGUGUGACGUCAUGACAUUGCACCGGGGCUGAUGCCUCUGGUGUCUGCUCAUUUUGCAAUUGCGUUAAGAGAAAGCAGAAUAGCAUAUUAUGGGGACUUUCCACCUAAACCUAGUUCCCUUCUUGGUGGUCUUUUUUUCUUAAAAAAUGUAUUUUUAUUAAGUUUUAUCAGAUAAACAUAAUAUCUAUUUUAGGAAAAGAAAUGGCCAACUACACAGAAGGUUUGCAGUAUAUCAGCCUGUUUGAUGUUCAGAGCAGUAUUCAUUGAAACAGUUUGAUUCAACCAAGCACAGUUCUCCAUAGAGUCCCAUGUGUGGAGGGUAGGUGACAUGGGUCUUUCAACGAUAACACAUAUUCAGUAUUUUUUCUAUUUAAUGUGUGUCAUUGUCAAAAGACACAUGUCACCUACCCUCCACACAUGGGAUUCUAUGGAGAACUGUGCUUGGAUGUAUGAAAUGUCUCUUUCUUUGGGGAACUUCCUCUGUGUUCAGGAGAAGAAACCAUAUAAUAUCCUAACUGAUGCUUGUGCCUCUUUCUUUUGCCAUAAAACUGAACACAGAGUUGCCUCAUCUCAAUUACUCUACCUCUUAUGUUGUUGCUUCACAAAUAUUUCUCAUUGUCAUUCCUUCAACUUUCAUUUCAGAUCAGGGGGUAGAGGGCAGGCUUGGCCCUUCAGCUGUGGUGUUGGAUCACACCAGUGGUUUUGAAGGGCUCCUGUUGGUGGAUGAUGACCUACUUGGGGUGAGUGUGAGGUAAACGCUGUGAAUGGGCUGACUUGUCACUGGGGACCCUAGGUCGCUCUUUAAAGUCUGUGCUGGUGUUCUCUCACUUCAUUUUUUGUUCUUUGUAUGUCCUCACUCUCCUUUUGCUUUUGGGCUUAGGUAACACUGGUUCCCUGCUAAUAUUGGCUAAUAAGCUGAGUGUGCAUUUCCUAUCUGCUGCCACUCCUCUUUCUGGAGCGAAUCCCCUUCCUCACCAUUAAGCAGCUUGUCAGCAGUUAUGUCAACUGUGAUGAAGGUUAACUAAGGUUACCAUUUAACUAUAAUCUGAGACUGCAGUUUGAGAUUCUAAUUUAAGGCAAACUUUAAUUGCUAAUGUUGCUGACAAACUAUUUAACUGAGGUUAAUGGGAAAAUUUUGUCUAGGGAGUAAAGGUGAUAUGUGGAGAGACUGCAUGUUUAAGAAAAUAUUUCCUAUUUAUUAACUGUGGUCAACAUAGAGCCACUAUCACGCCGUCAUUGGUUUGAUGUUAAUAGAAAAUGUGUUUUAUGCUAGAGUUGCUGAUAGGGUCUCUCCCUUUUGAUAACACUUGUCAGGUCUUCAUUAUAACCUUCCCUUUUGGUUGCUGUGAUAGCAUGGUUCUUAAGUUUUGAGUUCAGAUGGUUCCUUGGUGCUUGGGAGAGCUGCUGGUGGUUCCCAGAUUCAGGAAUUAGGUACACAACUUUUUUGGAUGGAGUUGCAUUCUCCCUUAAGGAUCAAAUAUGUAGUCUAGGGGUACUUCUUGAUAUCCAGGUGGCCACAGUGGUGUGAAGUGCCUUAUUCCUGCUCCAUCUGGUUCUCUAGCUGCUCUGUGUAGGACACAUUUCUAUGAGCACAGUUGUAAUGCAGAAUGAGGCUGUGGACAUUUUGAAGAGCUGUACUGCCUGUGAUCAUAUAGCACCAAAUUUGAAGCAUUUGCACUGGCUUUCUAUGUGUCACUGAGCCCAAUUCUAGAUGUUGACUGAUAUAUAAAGCCCUGAACAGCUAGGAACUCAGCUAUCUGAAACAGCACCUGUCCCUGUACUUUUCUGCCUGUGAGGUGAGAUGUGCUGGAGACACAUUGUUAGUUGUGUGCUAUCACCAACUGAACUCUAGUUGCCCAGGACUCAGAAUAGGAUCUUCUCCCUGGUGGCAUCCUGGUUGAGGAACUUUCUCCCCUCUGGAAUCAGGUAGGCAUCAAAUCAGGUUUUUGAUGCUGGGUAAAUAUGUUUCUCUUUUGUCAAUCAUAUGAGGAACAGCACAAAUCUAUAUGUUUUAUACUGCUGUCAGAUAAAGUGACUUAUAUACUGAAUUUUAAAUGAGGCAUGAUACAGCAAUGUACAUGUUUUUGGAUAGUUUUAUAUAACUUGAUCUGUUUUAAGCAGCCCUUACAGUAUGCGGUGAAGGUUGGGAUGUACAUGUUAUAAACAAAUAAAUAAAAUGUUUUAAUAAGCCCACUAUGCUUUUAAGUCUGAAAUUUCUUACUUCUCUGUAGUUUGCAUUGCACAACUCACUCUUUUAUUAUGCCUCUAUGUAUCUUGCUGCCCACCUGUUAACACUCAGCUUAAGUGUUCAGUUUUAAACACUGCCUACGUAUUCUUUGCUGUCCUCUAUUGGUCUUUAAAGGUUUGUUUCUGAUAAUUGCUGUCUUCCUUCUCCCCCUCUGCUUCAACCCCCACUAGAGAAUUAAUUUCUACUUGUCUAUGUUCUACUGUUGAUAUGUUUGUGUACUGGGUUAAUAGAGGUUUGCUUUGAAUGUUUUUUCUUGUCAACAUGUCUCACUGGGUUCCAGUUCUCAGCUGAGACAGGAAGGAUAGAACCAGCUUUGCCCUGAACUUACCAGUGGCUGUUGUUAUGCACUACCUAGCUACCAAUCCUAUGGCUGAGUGCCUAUGGCUGCCUAACAAUAUAGGAAGUGCCUUUAGUGCUGUUGGCGCUGCUGUCAGUUUUUAUAGUCAUUAUGUACUGAAACAGUGUGUUGUCCCAUCUGUGAUCACUCCUUGAUCAUUCCUUUUGGCACUCUCUUUCUUGGUCUUGCUGCUUCUGACAAAUCUUUGGACACACUCUCCUGCAGCCCAUCUGGUUCCUGCAGUUGGCCUGCCCCAGGCUUUUAUUCCAUGCUGAUCCCCUCCACAACUUGACCAAGCAGCUCAUUGGGCCAGUAAUGGGGUCAGCACAGGUUGUGACUUCUUCAAAGCCAGUUUUCUGUUUUUGGCACUGGGUGUUUCUUCUAGGAGAAAUGGAAUCAGGAAGCCAUUAUGUGGGCAUGCUUGUUGUUAGAUCUGUGCUUGGUGUAAUUGCAGACCUGAUUUUUGUGUGCGCCCAACCCUGGUGUAAAACGAGAGCAACCUAUUGUGGAAGUUCUAUGAUUUGAUUAAUUGAAAGUGACCUAAUACUUUCUUUAACUGAUUUACUUACCCCGCCGCCAACACACACACAUUUGUGAGAUGUAAUGAAACCCUUGAUAAUGGAAAACACACAAUCAUGGUGUGUGACUGUCUUCCUCCUUUGUUUCCCAAUUCAGGUAAUUGGACAUAGUAACUUUGGCUCUAUCAGGGCUACUACCUGUGUGUAUAAAGGUAAGGACUAGAAAAAAUAUGCACUAACCCAUGGUACUGGUCCAAGUGGCAUAAUGUGUGCUGCUAGUGAACAGCAACUUGAGAUGAGAAUUUAUUAACAAUGAGAUUUAAACAAAUUCCUGACUUUAAUUUUGGGGCCACAUUCGUUUCAGGUUUUUGCAGAAAAUGUCAGACACUAGACAUGCCACCCAGACAGCUUUUUGUUGUAGGGUAGUGUGAUACUAAACAAAUCAAUCAGGGGUUUUGGAAAAAUGAAUUCAUCCUUUUGAACUCUUCUGGCUGCCAAACCUUCGGACUAUUCUAGUUUUAUAUGUUAAUAGCAUUUAACAGAGAAUUUUUCAUUUGACACAUUUGCUGCUAUAUUUUCUUUUAGGAAAAUGGAUCUAUGAGGUGCUGAUUUCAUCCCAAGGCCUUAUGCAAAUUGGUUGGUGCACUCUCAAUUGCCGAUUCAAUCAAGAGGUAAUGCAAGAGCAUAUUUAUUUAUUUAUUUAUUUAUUUUCUUACUUAUUGUAUUUACAUUUAGACAUCACUCUUUACCUGAAGUUCCAAGGCUGGAAAUCCCAGAAAUUACCUGUGGCCCCUUGUUAGACUACUAUUCCCAUCAUCCCAUGUUAGCUAGGUCUGAUGGGAACUGAAAUCUUGACAAUAUCUGUAUAAUCUGGUUCUUUGGAAUAGGGAACCUGUAAUUCCUUUUCAUAACUCGUGUUCUACUUAAGUUGGAUAUAGUAGUGGACCUAAUUACUAGUGUAUAUACUUACCAGAAAUGGCAAUGGAUGCUUGGUAUAUUACAAGGUGUGACUGGAAAGUAGGGUGAAUCACUCCUGUAUGCGAUAAUAGGAACUGCCGGAUUCACAGAGACACGUGGGAGACGUUGGUCCGUAUCUCAGCUAACAUAUGCGCACAUGUCUCGGCAUUUGUUGACAGGCCUACAUUGAUGCGGUAGCGUUUAGUAGCAGUGCAAUGUGAUUGAAAAUGGAGCAGAGAGUCAAUAUGAAAUUCUGUUUCAAAUUCGGUAAAUUGGCAUCAGAAACCCACAAAAUGCCCACAAUUGUGUACAGAGAUGAAGCUGUAACUCGAAAGACAGUGUAUGAGUGGUUUAAGCAUUUCCAUGAAGGGCGGCAAACUAUCGAAGAAGACCCGCAAUCUGGCAGACCGUCGAUGAGCAAAGCGGCGGCAAAUGUUGACAGUUCAUGAGUUAUUGAUGUGGGAUCGGCGUUUCUCCAUCCGAAUGAUGGCGGAAGAAUUGCAUAUUCCACAUGAAAUCAUUACUGAGGUUACUGAGCUGUCCUACCUUCUAUAUUCUCCUAAUCUGACCCCACCGGAUUUCUUUCUUUUUCCAAAACUGAAAUCUGCACUGAAAGGGCACAGAUUUUUCAACAUUUCACACAUCCAAGCUGCUGUGACAAGGGAACUAAAAGCAGUAUGAAAAGAGGACUUCUCCAGAAGUUUCCAACAGUUCUACGAAUGUUGUCAACAGUGCAUUGUAUCAGAGGGGGCCUACUUUGAAGGCCUGUAUGUUUGAAUAUUCUCGCUGUCUGGUUUCCAUGACCAUUCACCGAACUGUCCGGUCACACCUUGUAUGUUACCCAUAUGACUGUUUCUCUCAGGUCUGCCUACAAGUUUCUCAGUCCUUUUUGGUAUGUCAGUGACAGUGGUUGAAGAAGGCAUAUUAUUGGAAUGCAAAAUCUUAAUUGUGAUCUUUGGUAAAGGUUUGCUUUUGGUUUUCAUGUUGCAUAGGAAGGAGUUGGAGACACUCCAGAUUCAUAUGCUUACGAUGGGAAUCGAGUGCGCAAAUGGAAUGUAACCACAACCAACUAUGGUAAAGUGAGUGUCUGCCCCUAAUUGUUUUCUUGCUGUACUAAGCAUGUAGUCUGUGUAUCUCUGUGAACCACUUCACUUGUUUGAAGAACUAGGAACACAGAAAUCUGCCUUACACUGAAUCAGAUUAUUAGUUUAUCUGUUUUAGUAAUCUCAACACUGACUGUCAAUAGCUCUCCAGGUUUUCAUAGUCUCCAGUAGAACUGGAGACUCUUAUUGGGUGGUGUAGUCAGAAUUUAUUUGUUAUUAAACUUCAUGUUUUGUAUUUAAUUUUAUUGUGAAAAACCAAUUUCUCUUCCUUUGUGCAUAUUGGCCCACCAGCAGAUCGAGUUUGGCCUGUGAGACCAUUUUCUCCAAUCAUGUCCACCUGUCAAUCAGUGACAUCAGUGCAGGUUAUUGCAUUGUUGUGGGUACCUGUUCCUAGCAGGUUUAAACCCCUCACACAGCAGCUGAUGAGCAAUGGUUAAACCCUGCUCAGUUUGGCUGUGUGCGUCUGUCCCUCCUAGGAACAGGUCACACAGCCAAAGGAAGCAUCAGGGGAAAACUGGAUUUGCUUGCCUUUGAGGUGGUAUUCAAUGUCUAGUUCUGUUAUGCCCUUUAAUGUCAGUGGUUCUGCUCUAACUUAAGUUCAUGCAUUUCAUUGAAAGUACUUUGAGUAAGACUUAGUUGAAUAGCACCCCCUUUUUUUUAUCCAUAACCGGGAAGAAGACUGUUUUAUGCAGACAUUGGCUCUGAUAGAGAUUUCUCUCUCGUUCAGUGAUGCCUGUAUGAUGCAGGCUUCUUUCUUCCCUGCCUCCAGUGGGGAGAGAGAGGAGAAAGCAGCACUUUGGUAGCCUUGUGCUUGGACCUUUCCAAAGUGCCAAGCACAGUGCUGGCACCAUGUCUUGUGCUGUGAGUCCCCAAGCCUGCAGACUGUUUUGAGACAUAGGUUGGACAACCCUCCUGUCAAUCAUGUGAUGUCACAUGAUACCAUAUGAUUUGGGAGGUGGUUUGUCCCACUCACCUACCUGUCAAAGUUGGCUCAUGGGAAUCUGGCCUGCGGUACCAAAAAGAUCCCAUCCGUGAUAUAGAAAAUGGCCAUCCUACUGAGUGUGUGCUUGCAAACACAUGGCACAUCUCAUAUCCCUUGCCUGCUGUAAUAUAGAACUAGAAUUCUGCAUGCUGCAAUAUGCAACAGAAGGGGAUAGAAAGUUAAAACAAUGAAUCAGUAUGGCAGCAGAACUCUUGACCUGUACAGUUUUUCUUGACUGAAUUGGAAGCAAUCUCUAUAUGUUUUAACAGUAUCCUAGCAACAUUGGUUACAUACCCCAAGUCCCAUCUAAUUAUCUUUUCUUUUUUCUGCAGUCUUGGGCAGCAGGAGAUAUUGUCAGCUGCUUGAUAGACCUGGAUGAGGGAAGCAUUUCUUUCUGCCUGUAAGCACCUUUAUAGAACUAUGCUAGAUGUUGCUAGUCUGCUAUAUUCUGUCCUCUCAGCUUCUAAGUAUAUUCAUUGAGAGUUUAAACCAAGCUCCACUAAAGGGUAAAUAGUUACUUCAUUCUCAGUAAUCCUCUACUAAAAAUGCCUUCAACAAGGUCCUUUGCCUUACAGCAUCUAAAUUGUUUCAUAAAGUUGGAGUGCAUCACUUCUGAACAGGAGUUUAGAUGCUGAUAGGGAAUGUUUCCUGGUACAAUGUUAUUAUGGGUGCAAGAAAGAUGAAUAGAGAAAUAAAACUAGAUCUACACAAGCAGUAAUCAACAUGAGUGGUUGUUUUUAACAUGACUGUGUGGAGCUGUACAACACAGAAAGCUCUAUAGAGCACUUUGAGUCACUGCGUGGAAUUCUUAAGCUGAACAGGACCUUGAACAGAGCUCCAGCAAUAACAAUUCAUAUUUUUCUAAGUGUCUCUGCAAGAAGUUAUUUCCUAAGAUCCUCAGGCAAAGCAAUGGGAGAAUUUUGCACUUGGGAUUCAGAAUCUGCUUUUAUUUUUAUUGACUUGUCAUAAUACAGAAGACAAGCCGCUAAGCUGUGACUGUUUCUUCCUUUGUGUAAUGUCAGAUAAAUAAGUCUUUUGUGUAUAGAAUUCUUGGCAAGGUGUGUUAAAACUUUAGGGAUUUGUCUCCUUCCCCUCUUUAUUUUCUUUUUCAGGAAUGGUGUGUCUUUGGGGACUGCUUUUGAUAACAUCUCACGAGGCUCUGGCAUGGCCUAUUUCCCUGCUAUCAGCCUGUCAUUCAAGGAAUCCGUUGCUUUUAACUUUGGUAGCCGGCCUCUCCGAUAUCCUUUGACAAUAGUUUUAGCCAAACCGUAGAAAUAUUUUUCCCGAGCAAUGUUGGCAUCUGAAAAGUAUCAUUCUCUUCUCAGGCCACAACUAUGCUAAACCUUUCCAGCCAUCCACUAGUUCUCAGUAACAUAAUAAUAGUUAGGAGAAGUGCUAUAUAAAUACUAUAUGCUCGACACACUUUUUCUCAGUAAGCCUAACAAUGCCCCCAUAAGGCAGAUUCCUACUGUUCUACUAUUAUUUUUUAUCCUUAUUACAAUCUGAGAGUGGCUUUGUCUAAGGCCAGUUUGUAGUUAUGCUAAGAUUUGGACAGGGGGCCUCUAGCUCUGUAGCUGAAGCUCUUCUUGCCAGCAUGAAUAAAAGUUUGAAUCUCAUUCUUGUCAAUAUGUCAGAAAUGUUAUACUCUCAGGAGGCAGUUUGGAUCUCCAGCAGCAGAUACUACCUUCUUGAAUGAUCAUCAAGGUGAUUAUUGGUCAGUGUGAAUAAGAAAGACGUCCUGAAUGAGAAAGCAGCAAUCACCCUUGAAUUCCUUUACAAUACAUGCUGUGCUUGGUACAGAUUGCUUUGCAAGGGUGGGACAAGACCUGGAGGCAUAUGAAAUACCAAUAAAUGUGGCAAGCAUUCUAGAAGCUUGGUGUGGUGGAUGAAAGCAAGGAUUGGCAGCAGAGGAAAGCCUGGGGACUUAGGAUCAUUCCUUGAAGGAGGGGUAGAUUGCCUUCUGUGGUUUUUUCCCCUUAAUAAUUUCAUACAUAUCCAGUGGAGGGAUAUCGGCCCUUACAGGACAAACCAGCUGCAGAUCUUGCAAAAGCGCAGAAACUGUUGGGGUACCUGAAAAAUGUUAUUCAUACUGGAAUAGAUGUUACGGUGAGAUAAUCUUUUCAAUGUUAUGUUUAUUCAGACUUGCCUUGCCAAAAACUGUUUGCACAUUGGAUUGAUUAGGUAUAGGGCAUUUAAUUUCAUUUUUCAAAUUUUGUCGAGGGCCUUUAUUACGUGCUGUUUAGCCAAAGCUCUUCAACUGACUUACAAAGAAUAAAAAAAAAAAUAUAUACCAAAAACAAAGCAGUGAUAAAAUUUGAGCACGAUGUAAAUCUUAGUCAGUGCUGGGCAGAUAAUAAGGUUUCCCCUGGUACUAAAAGAAAAAGGAAGAAGAUGGUGCCAGGUGAAACCCCCACGGGGUGCUGCAGGAAGAAUGUAGUUGGUCAAGGGAGCCGUGGACUCAAAAAGGUUGAAAACCUCUGGCCUAACUGAUGCCAAAUCUUGCAAUCUUCAAAUCCAAGGUGUAUCUCAGAAUCCCAGUGGCUUCCUCAAGCUUAAGCAACACUCUUGUAGAAUUAGGAUCUGUUAAAAAUGUGUAACCCUGAGUUAUCUAUUUCAGGAAGGGAAGCUGGUGGAAAAAGAGGCUUCCACGUGGCAACUCCAGGGGGAACCGACUGUUUUAAUCACCCUAGCACACAUUUUUAACAGUUUUGCUCCCCUUAUGGUAAGUUUCCUCCAGUUUUACUUCAUGUAUUUCAGGAUCCUCCACCACUGUUUACAAAGUUACAGAUGAGAGUGAACUUCUCCUCCUCACCAGUGAAUUCAAUUUUUAACAACAAAUUCUCUGACUUAAUAGAGGGUCACACCAUUGGAAUGUUUAGAUCAGUUAUUUACAUCAGGAGUGGACAACCAGUGGUCCAUGAUGCCAUCCCAUUUCCUGAACCCCAUCCUUCUGCAAGUUUUAGGCUUGAAAAAAGUCUCCUGUUGAUGGCAAUAGGAGACAAAAGUCUAAUUGUGGUGUUGGGGGGCAUUUUCAGAAUAAUCCCCAUGCAUUGGAACCCCCACCAAAAAUACACACCCCAUCCUGAAAUUAAGUUUGAAAGCAGUCUUCCAUUGGCACAAAUAGGCUCUUUUUAAGCCUAAUUGCUGUGGGGGAGAGUGCAGCCAGGGAAAGAGGAGUUAACCAUCCUCUCUCAAGCGGCCAUCUCCGCAAAGAUCACUAGCAUCCCUAUCUAGCAAUUAGGUUUCAAAAAAGCUUUGGUCAGGCCGGAUUGCUGGGGGAUAAAUAGUUUUCUGAUGGGAAAGUAUAGACACAUGUGUAUUUAUGUAGGGGAGCAUAUAAUAGAUAGAGUUGAGCAGCUGCAUCCACUUGGACCACACCCAUUCUUGCUUUGGCUGUGCUCACUGCUGGUAUGUAGCCCACAAAGCAUUGGCCAAGAUGGAAUGUGACCCUCGGGAUGUAAAAGGCUCCCCACUGACGGGCAGCAUUGCUCAGCCGUUAAAGUCAGAAAUCUGUGCCAUCUCUACCUAGAGACACCAGGGAUUGAAUGUGGCAUCUUUUGCAUGCAAAGCAUGUGCACUGCCACCGAGCACCAGCAUUUCCAACUCCAGUGCUCACAUACAGUGAGUGCUGCAGUCUGUCAUGUGCAUCUGUGCACUUCACUCCUUUUGAGUAGAUUAACCAGCAAGCAAAGGAUCCCAGCCAGAUGGGUGCGGUAUAAAUAAUAAACAACUACUACUACUACUACUUCAUUUAUUAUUUAUUAUUAUAUUAUCAUUAUCAUUAUCAUUAUCAUUAUCGUCAUUAUCAUUAUCAUUAUCAUUAUCAUUAACAUCUUUUGCCAGUUUGCUGCUGGGCAGAGUUCAAGGUUCUGUCAAUUCACAAAACACUAAAUAAUUUGGGCCCAAAAUACCUUAUGGACUAUCUGAUCCCUUACACUCCACCUUGGCCACUGAGAUCCUCUGGUGGGGCACUUAUUGUGGUUCCCCACAACCACGAGGUUCAGCCAGCCUUUACUAUGAACUGAGCCUCUAGUGUGGAAGGCUGUGCCCUGUGGAACUCCCUGCCAUUUGAGCUUCAGCAGACAUCAUUCCUACCUUCUUUUAGAAGUCUAAAAAUGGUGUCAUUCAGACAGAGCUUUGCACUGUGAGUUUCUUUUUACCAACCAUUAUUUAUUGAUGUUUUUAUUGCUCUGACUGUAAUUUUGUACGCUGUGUACUACCUUACUGUAUUUUUAAAAAAUGGAAACGUAGUUUAUAAAUAAUAAAGAAAUAGCAACAUUAUGAGUGGGGGGGGAGUGGCUCUUGGAAACCAAUCAGAAGGUGGAUCCUGAGUAAAGGGACAUUGUUGGGAUGUGGGACAACCUGUCCUUGGAGUUCUCAAUGUAGUCUAGGGAAAUGGCUGCUGUGAGCCCCCUCAGAGCUGCAGCAGCACAGAGUAUUCACUGUUCUUGACUCUGCUGCAGCAUCAUGAUAAAGCUAUUCUGUUAAGUCUUCUGCUUUAAUAAAUUCUUUUCUGCAGUGCAAAGUGUACUUGGUGGAAGAUGUGCUCAUGAACUUCCUACUCAGCAUCCUGGAAGGAGGAGGGUCUGUGGAAGCGCACCCUCUUAUACAGCAGUUGUUGGAUCUCAUGUGGCUUCUCAUGGAGGUGAGCUACUGGAGUGCUUUUACUCUCAAGGAAAGAGACCCUUCUUCCUUUCUCCAGAGGAACUCACUGACCCAGUAUCUUCUUUCCUAUUGAGUAAGAAAGUGUUUCUUUCCUCCCUCAGGAUUAUGAAGUACAUGAAUGCCUCAAGCAGCUGCUGAUGUCCCUGCUCAGGGCAUACCGCUUCUCUCCCAUUGUUCCUGAUCUAGGCUUACAGGUGAGUAUUAUUCUGUUAAACACCUGUCGAAACCCUUAAGAACAAAGUUCAUGCAGUGAGAGGGGAGCAGCUUUGGCUGACUGGUUACAGCUUUGCAAAUGUUGUAAAGACAUUUUAAAUAUGCUGUUUUAAGAGCUCUUCCUCAUGUAUCACUGCAGCUUAUCUUGAUUUCCCUUUUUUCUUCUUCUCUAUCCAGAUUCACUACCUCCGUCUCACUAUUGCUAUCCUGAAGCAUGAGAAAUCCAGGAAGUACCUGCUUCACAAUGUCCUGUAUCCUUUUUUAUUUUUAAAAAAACACAAUAUUUUUCACAUACAUCCAAAUCUCCUGAUGGUACAAACUUGCUUAGACAGACAAAAAGAUUCAUGUGUAGGCCCUACAGAAACAUCACCCUGUAACAGGACGUGGUUUCUUUUUUUCCUGCGGCUGCACACACCUGCAGCUAAAUUUAAGAGGCCCUAGUCGCUUCUAUAUCUUAGUGUUGCUAUUUCCUUACUACCAGAUGCAGCUCAGGUGCGCCUCUGCACAAAUUGGAGAGGAAGGGUUUGACCAAGGCAAAAUGGCUGCAUCUUCACUGUGAGGUCCUUGAGAUCACACUUUACUGUAUCACCCAUUCUUUGCAUACAUUCAGAUUCAGUUUCUUUCACUUUCAGGGGAAAAUAUAACUGUGAUAACAUGGCCUGUAUUCUGUGCCAUGAGACCAGAGAGAGGCAGCCAGACUAGCCAAAAUAACCCCUGCUUCUUGUUAACUUCACCACUGCCACCACCUUUUUUUGCCUACUCUGUAUUGCCUGCUCUGACUAGCAGUGGCUGCCAGGCAGAGAGGGUCUUUUCCAUCACCUGCUGCCUGAUAUUUUAACUGGCAAUGCCAGGGAUUGAACCCGAGUCCUUCUGCAGGCAAGUGCAUGUUGUGCCAUGGAGCUGGGGUCUCUCCCUUAAUAUUCAAAUCUGAUCCCAGUGUUCCCCGAAAGUAGACUGGCUGCAUUCAUGGAACAGCCAGCAUGCCCAGAGGAUUAUUUUUCACUUAUUCUCUCUUCCAACACUAUACAUCUACCUGGCCUACCCUGCUAGAUAAAUGCCCUGUUCAUUGACAGUAGUUAAAUAACAUCUAUGUAUGAGCUGAUCAUUAUUCCUUUGCUUCCCUUCCCCAUGUGCCUUUUGUAAUUAUCCCAAUUAUUUGGAAGGAUGUGGCUUCUGUCUCAGUAGCAUCACUCAAGACCGACCAUAAUAGCACAAAUUCUAUAACAGCUUUGAGAACAUACACAAGGUGGUCUCAGCAGCAGAUUGCUAACAUGGGGAAAGUGGGGUGGAUAGCUGCUUCAAUGUCCCCAUGCAUUGGAAGCUGAUGAAAAUAAGCAAAAAGUUGCAGAAGUUCCUUUCACAGUUUUUCACCUCUUCUUUCGUUCCCCCCAAAUACCCUCCUUGCUGCACGAUACAGUCAUUACAGCUUCCAAGUACCCUAUGGAGUUGACUUGUUUUCAGGAAAUCUAAUAUUUUUUCACAUGGUCCUGUGUGUGGAGUUAUUCUUAACUUAUUGCAGGGAUGCUGCUUGUGACAUAGAUCCCACAGGUGCAUCUAUAUGAACUACCACACAACUCCCUUAACUCUCUGCAGAUUUGAUGUGCUCCGCUCAGUUGUGUUUUUUUACAUCAAGAGUCCUUUGCGUGUGGAGGAGGCUGGUUUACAGGAGCUCAUUCCCACCACUUGGUGGCCAAACCGCUUCAACAAAGAGGUGAGGAAUAUGGCACCCACUGCUGGUAGAUUUAAGGGCUGUCCUAGCUUAACUGCAGAGAUGUUGGCUUUAUCUAGGUGUUUUUCUGCACAUAAUAGGUUAUGCAAAUAACCAUUUGUUUAGCACCUUUAUACAGCUGCAUUCUGUGUUUGCAUUCAUGAGCAUUUGCAGCCCUUCCUGUCCAUCCUUUUUGGCUUCUGCUAACAACUCUGUUAACCUCGUAUCUUUUAAACACAGGGCAAAGAAAGUAAAGAGAUAAAAGAUGAGACUGCUGAGGAGAGACUGAGGAGGCGAGCGUAUGAAAGAGGAUGCCAGCGGCUCAAGAAACGCAUUGAAGGUCUGAGGAUGGGAUAGUGGCGUUCAAAAUCUCAUGGGCAAUUUAGAAUAUGGCAUGAAGCCAUAUUGAUCAGUGCAGAGAAUGGAGAAAUAAUUGCAUGCCACGAUUAAUUAAUUUAUCGCAUUUGUAUACUGCCUUUUGUGCCAAGACACCCACAUUUGAAAUAUUUGAAUAAACAAAUGCUGGAAAAUAUUAGCUGGGCAGUGCUGUGUUACAGGUGCCAUUGGCACCCCUGCUUGCAAAUGCAAUACUAGUAACUUCAUUUAGAAACAGCACUAAGUUUUCCACUGAUAAUGUUUUUACCUCCUGUCAUGCCAAAGACUGUCCAGAGCCACUUGGGGACUGUAGCUCAACAAACUGAUGUGUAUAAUAAUUUGGGAAAGUCAGUUUCUUCUUGGGAGUUUCUCUGCAAGGCUUGAAUAUGGCCGCUGUCAGUUUCUCUGUAGCAAUGUGGUGGUGGCUGCUGCCCGACGCAGUGUAUAUCAUUACUGUUCUGUUUAUUCUUAGUGGUGGAGGAACUCCAAGUGCAGAUACUGAAGUUGCUGUUGAACAAUAAAGACCAUGGUGGGGUAAGUAUGAUUGCAUCUGCAGAGUAUUUAAGUCACACUAGAGAGCAGCUUGCUUUUUGAGGUUGUCAUGUAUCCUCAAAGGGCCUUGCCUGCAUCUCACCAUAAAACAAGAUUUAGUCACCUGAAAACUGAGGCCCCAUAUAUCUGGAAGACUGUCUCCUUCCGUACAAACCUCUUUUGUUUGUUAAGAUUGGCACUUGGAAGUUCAGGAGGUGGAAACCCGGGAGAGGGCAUUCUCCGUGGCAGCCCCUGAGCCGUGGAAUUUCUUCCCUGCAGAGAUGUGUCUGACACUCUUUAUUAUAUAACUUUUGUCAUAUGUUGAAGACUCAACACUUUACCCUGGCAUCUAGCACCUAAAUUAUAUAUUCUGUUGUACCCACUGUCUUCUUCUGAUUGUAAAUUGUCUUGCCUUUUACAUUGUUAUAAUGCAAUAUAAAUCAGUCCUGGUACCUUCUGGUGAUGGGUGGGAAAGAAGUAUAAUAAAUAAUCAUUGUAAUAGUAACAAAUGAAUACCACAUUCAUUUCUCAUAGCCUGGUAUUAAAUGUGGUGAGGAGGCUCAAACUAUUGUACACUAGAAGCUGUUUGCUCAGAUUAAGCUAUUAGCAGCUUAUCUUCUCUACUGGGUACAAUGCUAAACCUGACAACAUUGUUUAUUGGAUACAGGGCACACAGGCUAAUGACUUCUGCCCAGUACCCUGGCAUCUCAUGAGUCUGUGUGAAAUGAUAAUGCUGAGAAUAUGAGUGGAAUUUCUAAGAGCUAAUGCGGUUAGGUGGGACUCCUAAUAAAAGCCUAGAUAAAUCAUUUAAGAACAUCUCCUUUGCACUGGCGACCAAAUGAUGGCAGUGUGGAACUGUACAUAUCCUGAAUGGACUUCUUGAUUAGGGAACUGGAGUUCUGUACAGCAGCCAAAAGAGCUAGUAAUGGAGGCGAGCAGGGCAUUCAUACAAGGUGACUUCUCUGAGGAUAGGCAGCCAAAGAACACUGCUAUGUAACUUGACUUAGGAUAGGUUUCAUGCAUGUGUGUGCAGUAUAUCACACACUCCUCAUCACUAAAUGACUCACAACUGAUCAUGUGAGCUGCCUCCAUUGAAGAGCAAUUUUCUUUGAAGUAAUGACGGGUGACUUAUUUAUUUAGGAUAUUUGUAAAUCGCCAGACUUCUAGAGGAGCUGGGGGUUGUAUACAACAAGAAGCACAAAACAACACACAUCAACCAUCCCAAAAAACCCCACAAAGCAUCUAGAAUAUAAAGAAUUUAAUAACAAAAUCAGUUUGAAACCCAUACUGUUACUGCUUAAGAAUUCAGCCUCUCAGUUUUAAACAGUAAAUACUUGGGUAAAUAAAAAUGUCUUCCGUUGAUGUUUCAAGACCAAUCAUGUGAGGUGGAUCUCUUUAACUCAAAAACACAAGUGCAACAGUGCUCCUGUUGAUGUCACCCCAAAGCAGGCUGCAUUAUGAAGUGUGUAUCCUACUGAAAAGGUUUGUGUGUGGUUCUUGGUCUGUGAUGGCCAUCACUUGAUGUUGCAGCUCUUGAGAAUUCUUUUUAAAAAAUCGAUUUAUAUAAUGCCUAUGUGGCCCAGUAGAAUGCACAGGGCAGCUCAUAAUGAAACAAGCAGUAAUAAGUAAUAACAAAACCAGAUAUGCAAUUCAGACUGAACUCCAAUUUAUUUUAAAACAGCCAUUUGAAACAAGACAGCAGUAGACAGCAUUUCCCUCAGCUUAGUGCAAGUCUAGCAAGUUAUGAGAAUACAUGUAUACACUUGUCUUUAAGGACUUACCUGUAAAGGCAAAUUUCACAUCAGAUGAGCAAGUGAUCAUAAUUCAGGCAAACCCAAGAAAUACUGUAAUUUUAGGUUGUUCUUUCACCUUGAUGGAACUCAACUGACUUUAAACACUGGUUGUUUCAGGGAGGAGCUUCCAGAUACAUCUUUCUAAAUAAGUUCCGCAAGUUUCUUCAGGAAAAUGCCAGCAACCGAGGGGUAAGCUGAGAACAGUAUCUUCAUUCCACUUUGACUUCUGUCACACUUUCUGUUGGAGGGUCUGAAGAAGGGCACAAUCUUAUAUCUGUCAGAAGCCAUAGCUGCAGACAUGUUUGCAGCUUGGACACUACAGGUGCCUUGUUGAGUGUGUAAUGACUUCUUAAAUUUUGGGCUGAUGGACUCCAUGCUACGGUUUGUCCUGUGCAGAAAUUGGGAAAUUUCCACACAUCAAUGGCUUACCAAGGUGUCGAGUUCAUAGUGAAUGAUUUCUUUAUCAAGGCCCCUCAACUCAUGUAAUACGAACACACGGUCACUCCUUACAUUGUAUUCAGUUUGGUUUUGUUAUCUGACAAUGUCAGUUCUCUUCACUCUGACAGACAAUGCUCUUCAGAUCUGCAAAGCCAGGCUUCAGUUCUGACACUCUGCCCCCCCCCCCUUAUAUCCCUAUACCUCUGUUCCCCAUUGACUGCCUUCCUAGGAUAUUGGUGGCAGAACAAUUAUGCUAGGAAUCUCAUCUUUUUAAACAGAAUGUAAAGAAAUAGCUUAAGAUACCUGGAAGGGAAGAGCAGUCAAGUUAUAACUUCAUAAAAGAAAUGGUAUCUGUGGGGAAUUAGCACACACUUUGUAUUGAUGGCACAUUCUUGAGCAGAAGUAUUGGUUUUAAAAGUGGGUCUUGAAGCCUAAAUGCAAAUCAUGGUGAAAUCACAGAAGCUGAAGGAAAGUGGGAUAAUGCAGCUGUCAGAGUUUUCAAUAGUCAGAGGACAGGGUUUUGUCACCCUAUAGAACUUGAUGCCCCUGUCCAUUACUACAAUGAAUUAUUAUUUCUAUGCAAUUAAUUAAAACCUUGCAUAACUUACUGAAGGUUCCUGAAUUCAAUUUUUCUUAGUAUGUCAUUUUGAGUCUUGCUUAGCAGAGCACACUCAGCCAUGCCUUAAAGGUCUCUCAGUAAAUCUAAGUGAAGGUGUCACCUCUCUGACAUGGACUUUUAGUUCUUUCCUGACUGGGAGUGUUCUGUUGUUUCAGUGCCAGUCUUUUCUGGCAGUGAGGGAAAUGUGCUUACUGGCGCUUGCUAACAUGCCUUGGGGCCACCAGGUUGCCUCAUCAUCUCUUUUCUUGAUGUACUACUAUGCUUUGAAGGGAAGAUACGUGCUUGCUCUUUCUUGUUGGGAAACAGGUGAGAAUCAGUGAUGGAUAUUGACUCUGUCAGUUACUGGAAAUGUUCUGUGCUGCCUGGGGAAUGCUAUAGGCAAGGGUGUGCAUCACACACAUCUGAGGGGAUGGAGAAGCUCAGUUCAGCAUGGCUCCUCAACUGUUCUGUUAACAGUAGAGCCUUGUCGUUUUUUGUCCUUAGAAUCUGACUGUGCUGUGUCCUCCAGAGUAUAUGGUGUGCUUCUUGCAUCGACUCAUCUCGGCCUUGAAACAUUACUGGGAUGAGUACAACAUGAAGAACCCUUUAGCAAUGAGCAGUGAAGGUAAUUUCCAAAGAUGCACAAAUGGGAAUAUUGGUUUUUGUAUGUGAUUGCAUUCUGAAGAAGGCUGUAUCAUCCAGGAAUUUCUGGAGUUGUGUGUAACCAAAUUCUAUCUCUUCAACCAAAAAUGCAAAAUUAGAGACAUUCAAGACAACGUUUCUUACAUUUUGCAUCCCACAGUGAAACAAUGCCCAUCCAAAAGUGGACCUAGUCCUCGCUGUUGUGCAGACAUGUAGCAGAGAAGAAAGUAAUCUUCAUCAGAAUGCUUGCCUUGCCAUAGCCCCUCAAAGGGGGCUAUGUGUGAAUGCAUUUUAGCUUUCUUUGUUCAGUACCAAUUUUCAGUGCUCUGUUGACUUCUCUUCCCCCUUAUACCAGAGGGAGAGUUGGCUAGGGCAGGUGGAUGUCUUGUAACUGUGGCCCUGAUUAUUUGCACUCAUUGAAGAUUAGCUUUCUUUGGCCUUCUCCGUAAAUGCAUAUAAAACAUCUUUCCCCACAGAUGCAUAUGUCCCCCCUCAGCUCUUCUAUAAUGGGAAGGUGGAUUACUUUGACCUCCAGCGACUUGGGGGACUCUUGUCUCAUCUCAAGAAGACCCUCAAAGGCAAGUGCUUGUUUUGUUGUGUUCCAUUAAUUCAUGUGGAAGCAUAUGAUGUGGAAAAUCUGUUGCAGGAGCAAAUUAUUGAGGGAAGUAAAAGAUGGGGCAGGAGUGUCACAGAAUUAGCUUCAUUUCUUUGUGGAGCUACGUAUCUGUGUGUGAAAGCUUUGGUUCUGCCUGGUACUUGGACUCAGAAGCCUGCUGGUUUCUAGGUCCCCUAAGUGAUCCCAGCAAGGUGAAAAAGGUCCUUUUCUAUUUUCACUUUGUUAAAUACUGUACUAGGGAUACUGGAAACUCAGAAUGUCAUUUAUUUGCUCAAACAGGCAGAUGCUAACUUGGCAUCUUCUUCAAAGGCUUAGUUGUCUUCACUUGUGACCUUCCUUUAAAACUAUGUAUUUUAACUUGAUUAUCAAAUAGCAGCCAUGACGUAAGUGUGGUAAUUUUUUUGACUUGUUAAUUUACAUGCAAAUCUAUUCUAGCUAAUUUAAAUAGCUCAGUCCUCUUCAAGGAUAUGUGUAUGGCCUCUGAAGCUAAAAACAAGAACUGCUCUCCUGGGACUUGAAGAUAAAGUGGCAGCUGAUGCCUCUUGGCCUGUGAGAUUCCAAUUAGGACUUGCUUUUUCCUCUUUCAGGUGCUCUUCAGAUCAGCAGAGCCAGGCUUUAGGGCACUGGGGCUGCUUGGCCAUCUGCUUGGUAGAGAUAAGAGAAUAUGAAAUACAAGCUCCAAAUUACAUUUUGAAGAUUGUGUGUGACCCUUUUAUGAAUCUUGUUUUUGUUCACCCUGGGGGAGACCCAAGAUUUCCCUACCCAAUUUUUUGGCUCUUAUUGGACUGACUUGUCCAUUCCACCUAGGGUCUGGAUGCUCCUUUCUCUGCCUUGGGAGCAGCCUCCAAGGCAAAACGUACACAAAAGGAAAUAGCUAUUAGAAUCAGUAACACAAUCUGGAAAAAGUACAGUUUGCAUACGGGAGCAUUUUAUUUUAGUCAUUUAAAAAAAAUACCACCCUUCAGUUGUCUGUUUAUAGGUAAAACAAUAAAGCAUAACAAUUGUGUGUGUGUGUGUGUGUGUGUGUAGGUGUAGGUGUUAGAAAGCAUAUUUGUUAUUUGGUACUGCUCAUAUUGAUCUAGAGCAGACUUCAUCGUAAAGUUAGCAGAAUAAAAACUUAAACACAUUGCAGGAUUCCCAAAAAAUAGACCAGAGGCAAUUAAUUCUUCAUCCAGCAGAGCUUUACUACUGAAGGUAAAUGAGCAUAAUAGUCACAAAUCCAUAUGUCUUCAAGGUUGGCACGAUCCAUAAGAAAUCCAGUUGCAGCAGACUAAACUUAAACUUACAAUAACUUACAAUAAGACUGAAACCUUAGCACUAAGCAUGUUAUAUACAAACCACCACACCAGAAGAAAAGAGAAACUCUGGCUCCUUCUGGCCUGUUCUUCUAGUCAGCAUGACAGAAAAAGAGAACAGAACCAGUUUGAAACGGCUGCUCAGCUUCUUUGAAGGAAUAACCAAAACAUCAGGAAUCUUCUGCUUGUUUCUAGACAGAAUAGUAUCUUGCUUGUCACUUACAAACUUCCAGCUUGCACCAGCUUGUAUCACACAGAGAAGCUUCCAGAAGCUUCUUGAAUUGAUUAGAAUAGAAAAGGUCUCUACACAUUAGAUCAAUACUUUCUGUACCCAAAAAUGCAUACCCAACCAUGUUUGAUUUUUCACAGCAUGUUCUAAGUCUAUAUAGAAUGACUACUGGCAAUGGGCCAUCCCACGCCACUUAAUACCUUUUUUAAAAAGUGCAUAACAGAUGCUUUAGCAUUUUCUUUCCCAGCUAUUUCUCCACUAAAAUUUGGCCUCUCCAGGUGCUUUUCUUCCUGAGAAAUAAAAAAAACACACAGGUUCUAGUAUAUUUUAUCUUUGGGGGAGUUUUUGAGUGGACAAAUGGCUGGGCAGAGCGUUGAUCCUCUUCUAUGCCUUUGCCACCAGAUCUGAUAAUUUACAGUGUGGUCCUAUGUAUGUAUACUCAGAGGUACAUCCCACUGAAUUCAGCAGGUCCCACUGUGCGUAGGAUUGCAGCCUUAGUGAAGACACAGUAGCAAUAUUGACACUUCUGAUGUGUUACACUUUGAGCUUCUGGUAGCUGUACUGCUGCUUUGAGUCCCGCCAGGAAAAUGGGGUAUAAUAAUAAUAAUAAUAAGGCAUGUGGUAAAUGGAAUGUGCAUAGGUAAUUAUACCUAGCAGUGAAUGUAUUUGGUAUUUUAUUCAUACAGAUGAGCUUGCUUCAAAGGCAAAUAUUCUGAUUGACCCUGCAGAACUUCAGGCGGUGACAAUGGAUGAUCUCGAUGAAGAUGAAGAGUCAGCAGUGUCAACAGCACAAGUGAGCCUAACAAUGCCAUGUGCAAUGAGUUUUAACUUAGGCAGCUGUCAAUGGAGUCUAGAAGGAAGGAAGGAGGAGCACUGAACCUCCUGGAAGCAGAAAUUUGUUUUGAAUGAAUGGGAGAAGCAAGUAAAGAGAGACUUUUAUGCGUUGUACCUAAGAAAUUCGCCUUUCUAAGUUUUGUGUUGAACGUAUUGGUUGUUCAGCAGUCUAAUGGUGCCAUAGCAAAGUGUACAUCGGAAUCCAGCCCAAAAUCCUGACUCUGAGAGGCUAUAAUCAGACAUAUUUAGGUCAGGGGACAGUUCUGAAAACAAAGUUACCUGAGGUGGGAGGCUAGCAGGGAGAGGGACUUCUCAGUGUUUGGACCCCAGUAAUGGAAUGCUCUCUUCAAAGCAGUUGGCCUGGCACCUGCUUUGUUGUCCUUCAGUGCCAAGCAAAUACCUUUUUAUUUUCUCAGGUCUUUUAUAUUAAUUUUAACCCUGCUGGUUCUACUGCAGGCCCAGAAUUUUGCAGGCUAACGGAGAGUUCUCUGUUUAGCAAGAUCUGAUGGUCACUUAAAGCUCCAACAGCUCUGCAUUUCUCAUUAGUCAGCAGCAUUACACUCUUAACCUGAGAAUGCCAAGAAUGCUGAUUGAGCGCUAGUUGCUGUUGGUCCUAACACAGACGUCUGAGUCAGGAUCUGGGCUUGCCAAAGAUUGUAGUGAUGACUCUGCAGUUUGAGUCAGGAAGUUCUAAUAUCAGAAACAAAUAUAAGGGAAACUGCAACAUGAUUUUAUAUAGAAGGCCCCAUGUGUUCAUUUGACACAGUUGUCACCUGUUGUUUAUGGUUUCCACCAAUCUCCUCUUCUCUGCCGCCUGUCCUGAAUCUCCUGGCAUACACAGAGAACUUGGGGAAAUGGCAGGAUUUGCAGAAGUAGUGAGUGCCUUCUCCAAAAAUCCUGCAUGAAGCAUGUAAGACUUUGGAAAUGAAAGAAGCAGGGUGGAGGCCUUCUUGUUGCUUUCUCCUUCCCCAAUGGCUGGUGUGGAGCAAGAGGGGAUCACUUAACACAAACUCAUAUAGAGGGGGAAAGCAAUGAAGGGGGAUCCCGUCACUUCUUGCCUUUUCUAAAGCAUGAUGUAAAAUGACAGAAAAGGCCUGUCCCAAGACUUCACUUGCCCUUGCUAGCAGAGGGUGGGUCUUAUCUCACUUCACAUGAGAAACAGUGUCAGCCUCUACUUCCAUCUUCUGCUUAAUGAAAAAGCCUGCUACGAAGAGAAAGAUUCUGCCUUCCAAAUUAUCUGCAAUUUGCAGAAAACUCAGGAAAACAGAUAUUUAUGUUAGGGGGAAGGAUGGUUCCCAAAGGUUGGCAGGGGCAGCCACCAUAGUGACUUGGUGACUUUAUCUGUAGAGCACAGUAAAGUGUGGGAAAAGCUUGGGCAGGGGCUGCUUUUUAAGGCUUCAGGCUUCUUCUAUAUAUACCCCAGGAAAAGUUCAGUGGAAACUCAAGACCAGCUACUACUCUGAGAACUUUGAGAACUGUUGACACAAUGUGAUGCAAGGCCUGAUAAGAUGAGGAAUUCAAGGAUUCAGUUUGUUAAAGAAAGUACUCUGUGCAAAGAAAAAAAAGUUGUUUUGUUUUGCUUGGCUUCAAUUGCAUUUUUUUGUCUUCACGUAGUGGGCAAACGUUGCCUUGCAGCUUGUCUUGUGUUCCUCUUUAGAAACUGCAGGCUAAAGUUCUAUCUCCUUGGGAUUCUCAAGGGCAACGUUAUAGGUGGUCAGGAUUUCCCACUCCUAAAAAUAUGGAAGGAUACCCCAUGCUGGGCCCAGGAAAUUUGAAUGGUUGAUACUUGUCUGCUAGUUCACAGGGAUGUCAAUGUGAGCACAAUUUCGCCAUCUGUGACUGCACCCUCUGAUAAGACCAUAUUGUAAAGAAUAUUGUGCCCCUUGAAUUUGGAACUAUACAGCACAGGAUAGCCCAGUAUUGCCAUUAUGUCUGGCCCAGUGCUGAUUCUUUCACUCCAGUUGCUGUUUGGACCCUUAAAAGAUUGAUUCCAGUCAUCAGCUGAUGCAUAAUCAAGCUGAUGCAUUUUGCAGUGUGGAUUGUGUAAACUGGGUAGUGUGUCAGUUCAGAACACCCUAUUGAAAUAACUAAUGAGGAUACAAAUUGUGCUUUCUAGUAAAAGUUUUCCCGUCCUGAAUGUCUGCCUGUGCUAUGCUUGCCUGUAUGAGACCCUGGUUCUUCUUCUAGGUUACAAUGAGUGAGAAGGAAAUAUUUCAGCUACUUGUCCUACAAAUGAGCCUAACUAAAACAAAGGAGAUAUGUGCAUGGUUCAAACCAGCUUGAUUCUUCCCAUUAGAGAAAGAGCUGAACAAAUAUUACUUCAUAUCUCUCAAUCUCUCUUUUUCUCAGCGUCCAGCUGCGGCACUGGCAAUCGGAGGUGCCUUGGCCAGACCAAGCUGGCUUAGUUCACCCACCCUGGGGCGGGCUAACCGUUUUCUCAGCACUGCAGCUGUUAGCCUUAUGACUCCAAGGCGGUCACCAGGUGCCUUGGAGAAAGUUAAAGUUCGUACGUUGAACAUGGAACAACGGACAGAGGAAGACAGUGAGUAGUGUGUAUAUAUAUAAUCCUUUCUAAUACACAAAAAGAAAUAAUAAUAACAACAAAAGACAGAAGAGAUCAAAGCAAGAAGGGGGGGGGAAGAAGGAUACAAGGUGAGAGGAGGGAGUGGUAGUAUUCCAGAAAUAGCAUUAUAAUUCCAGAUUCAUAAACAUAUUAUCCAAUAAUGUUUUUCCAAAGAAAUCCAUGAAAAGAGAGUAGCUGCCAAUCAUGUUCCUUAAUUUUAAUGUAUUCAGUAAACAGAUGUAACACUUUCCUAAAUUGACCUUCAUUUUCAGAUUGUGUAGGGAUUGGGUAAAUUUUGUUAACAUUUUCUGUUUAAACAAUGGUCCAGAUCUGAAGGUAGCAAUAUUCUUGCAAGUCUCUUGUAGCUGACUUCCAUUGUUCUCAGCCAUCCUAAAUUCAUAACUGGUACCGUAGAUAAGAGCUCUCUUGAAUCAUUUACAGUGCUUGGAUCAUUACAGCAACUGGACUUCUCAGCAUGAUCAGGUGUUUACAAAAUGAUAACAAAUGUGGGGUCAUAGUGGUUAAUGUUUUCUUUGUUAUUAGGCAUUUUUGUAUUUUUAUGCUGUGAAUCGCUCCGUGAUCCUCUAAUAAUUAUUUAAUGGUAGGUAAGUAGGUAGGUAGAUAGAUAAUUACACGCUGAAGUUCAGCCUUCUAACUGAGGGAAAGGAUUUCUACCAGCAUGCUAGCCCAUGCCUGGAUUUGUUGUAAAGGACUACGAUUGUAAUUCAAGCUAUGUGCUUUCUAAGCAACAGAACUGUGAGGCCAGUGCAAAUGAUCUGGGAGUAAACAGUGUUAAAUAGGUUAUAUUUAAUUAUUUUAGUAAACAAAACUGCAGGAUGAUGAGGCUCAGAAGGAUAAAUGUAGGUUCAAAGGCAGAGUCCAUAUGCCUCGAAACAGUACCAGCUGAACUAAGAUGUCUGGUGACUUGAGGUAGUUGUUUGUUCAAGUUUUCCUUCAGAACAGAAAGGCUAACAAAACUUUAUGGUUAAAAAAGAGAGAAUACCAGACCAGCCUUAGUUCCAUUUUCUUCACAGUGAUGGAUGUUUCAUUGUUUUUAUGACAGUUGAAGGCAGCCAUGGAAAUGAGGGUCUUUUACUGGGGAGACCUGCCGAAGAGCCAGAACAACCAAUCACUGAGAAUUCUCUUUUGGAAAUCUUGGAUGGAAUAGUCAUGAUGUACAACCUCAGCGUGCACCAGCAGCUUGGUAAGGUGAGCAGGAUUCAUUUCAGGGGAGUUUUCAGUCCUGUCCCAUUCGCACAACUGGGAUUGGAACUCACACUAAAAAGACACCAUGGCCCACUGGGAGAGGGUGGGGCGCUUUUGAUUGCAGCCACCAUACCAACUCACGAUGCUUGCUUGCACUCUGCUUUUGGGUGGAACUACACCCUUUGGUGGCAAACCUGCACUUUCUGAACAUGGUCGGCCACCACGCAGCAGUAACACAAUAGAUGUGCAUGUAUUUCCUUUUGAGAAGCAGCAGGUGUGAGAAGGGAUGCUGAUCCCCAUUCCCCACACUGGUAUCCUGCUUGCAGCCACUUCUUUCCUCCGUCCCAAAGCAGGGAUCUGUGAUCGGCAGUGAGGCUAGCUGCAAGGGAAUAGCCUUGAGGGAGAAGAGCUUCAGCAGGGAUAGCGGCUGACAGAACAAGAGUUGCCAAUUUUCUGUUGGAAAUUGCCCUGCCUCCUGCUGCUUUAUUGCCGUUUGACAAUCUCCCACCUUCAGAGGUGUGGGUCUGUCUGCUGCCAUCUUACGUAGUUCUGCUAUAGGCUGUCAGCUGAAAAUCUGUCUCCAGGAAAGUGACUGGUGGGAGGGGCUCAUUGUGGGGUUGGGCCCUGCAAUGUAUUGAUGCUGCCACAAGUUAAGUGUUUGGAAAAUAAUCCAGUAUGUGCUAUAACCUGUACAGAAAAGCUCUAGCUGGUACUACUGACCCUUAUUUGUGUUUUAGAUGGUAGGUGUUUCCGAUGAUGUGAAUGAGUAUGCUAUGGCACUGAAAGACACUGAAGAAAAGAUUAGCCGAUGCCCAAAGAGGGUAAGAAUAACACGGGGAUAGUUAUAUUCACUCUCCCUUAAAAUAGGCCUAUAUUGCCUGCAAGCUGUUCUCUUUCUUGAGAAUCAUUCAGGUGCUGAGCAGCACUCUAUUGCUCUCACUGAUUUUCUGAAGGCAGACUGAGAAGUAAUGAUGGCUAAUUCUCCAUUUAGCUAAAAUAGGAUGGUUGUUUUGUGUGGUUAAUGAUUAAAACAACAACAACGCCUUGAGUGUUAAAGUCAACUUCAGAGCCACACACUCCUGCAAGAUCAUGGCUCCCUUUCCAUCAAAACAUGGUUUUUAUCUUUGUGGAAGGGGAGUCAUGAAUUUGCAUCAAUUCUUGUCUCCUGUGUUACACUGUUCAUGUGUGAGCAGUUGUUAAAUGAAGUUGCUUUCCAAGGUACCACUGGAAUAGAUUCUCAACUUCUGUGGUGGUGUGUCUAAUGUGGAACUGGUGUCAAGACUGCCUCCUGUUAAGAAUCCUUGGAUGUUGUUAGGUGUAAAAUGUUGUGUGCACUGUAGCUAGCCAAAGUGUGCCUGGGGCUCCAUGGUAUACCCGAUCUCUGUGUAAGGAUGACCCCCUUGGGAAGCAGACCAUGGCAGCUCAUGCUUUUCCUCAACAUUAAAAGAACAUCCUGUGAUUGUGGUAAGGCUUUUGUGAAGUACUGGACUUGUUGUGUACAUGCUUCUGAAAGCAGGAAAACAUAUGCACCAUUGCUCUUCAUCCCCCACCCUCUGUGUCCAAUUCAGAGAAGAGACAUCCAUGAUGAACUGGUGAAAAGUCAGAAGGUUUUCUCAGAGAAACUUAAUCACCUGAGUCGCCGACUUGCUUGGAUCAACGUUACCAUUUAUUCAAAGGUGAGAAGGAAAGUAGUACAUAUAAUAUCAGUGAGGUGCCUCUCCUAAGCUUGGGCCAUAAAUUACAGUUCUGCCUUGGCCAAUGCUGAAUGGAGCUGUACCAUUUCUUCCCAAGUCUUGUAUGUUGUACUUCUGUUAAUAAAUCCUGGUAAAGUUCAUUUUUAUUAAAGAAAAAUCUUGCGUUUUAGUAGUAAAUUCAUAUUCAUUUUUCCUGCUUUUGCACAAAAUUGUUGACCUCCUUUUCUUUUAUUUCCUCAGUAGUAUUUACCCUGAUCUGGGCGUGGGGAACCUGUGCCCCCCCCCCAAUGUUGCUGAACUACAACUUGCCUCAUCCCUGAUGGUUAGCCAUGCUGCCUGAGGCUGAUGGGCAUUGGAGUCCAACAACAUCUGCUGGACCACAGGUUCCCUGCCCCUGCACUUAGGUAUAUUAUUUCAUGCCAAUUGAGAUACAAACUGACUAGGAAUUGCUCCUUUUCAGGAGAAGAUGCAAGAUAUAUACUGGCUGCUACGGGUAUGCAUCCGCACUAUUGAGCAUGGAGACAGGAUUGGUUCGCUCUUUGCUUUUAUGCCAGAAUUUUAUCUGAGUGUGGCUAUGAAUAGCUACAGUGCUCUCAAGAACUACUUCAGUCCUGUCAACAGCAUGGAAGAGCUUCCAGGUGAGGAGGAGAAGGAGGGAACCGGAGAGGGCCUCUGAGCAGGACCAUCUGUAAUUUUGCGUAUAGAAUUCAGUGUGUGAGGGAAAAGGGAUAAGAACUCUACACAGAAUAUUGCACGCUGCACAGAAUUUGGGUUGAAAAGAACCUUAGCUUAACGUGCCCUCGUGGUCGUAAAGGUGUGUUUUGAAAAUGUGCUGGCUGUGUUGUAGGGAAGUAUUCAACCAAGCUUUACUCAGAGUAGACUUAUUGAAAUUAUAGACCUAACUUAGUCACGUUCAUUAAUUCAGUAGCUCUACUGUUGAGUAAAAUUUGGGGAUACUUUUGAGUGGUACUCAACUUUCUAAUCACAUUAGGUGCUGUUUAACUUGAUCACACAAUUGUCCUGCCCGCCACACACACAAAACUACAGUCUGGGUCACUGGGUUUCUCAUCUUGAUAAUGCCUUGUACAAGCUAUAACAAGCAUUGUUUGCCCCUGCAUCCUGAAGUUGAUUAUAGGCUAUUAAGCCUGACUGCCUACCCUUACACCUAAUAACUUUUUAGUAUUUAUACACUAUCUGAGUGGUGUUACCCUGAAACACUGCAGCUCCUGGUAAUUAUACUGAUCCCCUUUUUGAAGAGUUGCGGUCAUAAAUGACCUUUGUGUACAGUUUUUAGAAUUUCAAUAAAAGUCAUUUAGCAAUUUUGCAGGGCAAGAGUAGCAAAACAUGUAGAAAAUAGCCAUUCUUACUAUGCAACUUCAUGGCGUAAUUAGGUUAAAUAACUGCAUCAUAUUGACUAUCAAGAACUGCUCAAGCAAAGCAUACAAAUCAAGCCUUCUUGCUUACAUCAUUUUUUGCCUCCUCAAAUUCCAGUGGUUAUGCUUGUUUUCUGUCCCUGAUUUUGGAUUGUGUUGUGUUUUCUGCCCUCAGCCUGCAGUUACGUUGUUUUGGAAAUAUAUGCAAAAUACAUUUCCUCCUUUUUGAAGUACUGUGAAGGGUGAGAAAAUACUGUCAUUGUGUCAGAGCAGGUGUUGUGCAGUCUGGCCCUGGAGAUGUAAUUAUGAAAGCUGGUUUGGAAAAUCUAUUUUCUUAUUUCAUAGUUAUUCCAAACUCCCAUCUGAAAUGCCUCUGCCAAGAGCUCUUCUUUUUGGCUGCAAACUUUUUGGAAGUGAGGCACUGUAUUUCAGCAUAUUGUGUUUCUCUGUAGGAGGUACUCUAUGAGAGCCACAAUCUCUUUCAUUUUGGGGAUGAAACCAGAUAUGACACCAGGAGAUCUGUGAUUGGAUUGUCCACUCCACCCCACCACCACCUCAAAUUUCAAAAGCUUGUGGUGAUUUUAGAUCAGAGCUACAGCACUGGGGAAUAGGUUUUUAACCCCCAUCUCAUCUACAAUUUCCCCAAUCUUUAUUCUUCUGUUUACCCCAAAGCUGUUCCAUAACAAAGUUCAGUAUUCCUAUUUUAGCUGUGUUAUGCGGGUAUUAGUCCUAAUACAAAGGGACUGCUGUAUAUUAUUGCUAAGAAUUUGCGUAAUUGUAGGGAAGUGUCCAGGCUAAUUAUAUCAGAUUCAACAACUGCUACUCCUGUAUUGAUUAUCUGCAUGUCUCAGAAAGCCUAUACUAGUCAAAGGGAUGAACCCAGUCCACAGCCUGCACGGCUGCUUUCUGACCAGGUGUGUAAAAGAACUUCUAAGGACAUUCCCACUUACUCCCAAUGCUUCUGGUUAAGUGGUAAGGUAAAGUUGGCAACAUCAAAUGCUGCUGUGCAGACUUCCUGCUAUCAUUCUCUUAAACUUUAAGCUGGAUUCCUGACUUGCCUGCUAGAGACUCAGACAAGUGGUAGCCCAUCCUCCAUACUUGGGCCGUGUUUUCUCUCUGUAAAUCUUAAAGCUCAUUCUAGAAAUUCAUUCUGCUGCAGCUGCUAUAUCCUAUACCCUGCAUCCUGAUAUUCUGAACUUUUUCUUUUCAGGCUACGAAGAGACUUUGACUCACCUCGCUGCCAUUUUAGCCAAGCACUUUGCUGACUCAAGGAUUGUGGGAACUGGUAAGGCAACUCCUGUUUUCCAGAGGUCAUGCUGGGCUGUAGGUGUUAUGUGUGUGCAUGCGUGCGCACAUGCAUAUGUGAUUGGGGGAAAGAAAAUUAAGCUCAUGCUUGCUGAUUUUUUAUUUUAUUUCUACUUGAUACUUCUUGAAUAGUAAGGGUGUCUGUUUCUAAUGUUUUUAACACCUCAGAUCAUUGCAGCACUCAAUUAUUAUUUUUGGGUUUGACAUUUGUCUUUAUAUCCUGUUUUGCUUACUAGUCCUGUAACUGUAGUAAGCUAGGUUUGCCAUAUUUCACACAGUGAAAAUCCAGACAGGAAAGUUGUUGAGCUUUUCUUUUUCUUUUUCUUUUGAAAAAUCACAAAAAAUGCUGUAUUUGAGCUAUAUUUAUGGAAAACCAGCAACAAUGGCACUACUGACAUGGGUUGCCAUAUGUCUGAAUUUUACUGCACAUUUUUCCGAUUUCCGCCCAGACACUAUUGCCCACUGCAGUAUUCUGAAUAUGUCUAGGAAACCCCAGACGUAUGGCAACCCUAAGUAUGCAAUUGCACCACAAUAUCUGAAGUAUUUUUCUGGCAAUCUAUGUCCCUAUUAUCCCUACUCCACUUACAUUCUGUCUUGUUUCCACAUUCAGACAUCAGAGACUCCCUAAUGCAGGCACUGGCCAGCUAUGUUUGCUACCCACACUCACUCCGUGCUGUAGAGAGGAUUCCAGAACUGCAGUAAGUUCUUGGUUUCACCAUUCCUGAAAAAUAAUAUAUGUCCUGGAGGAGGAUUAUCUCUCUCUUCUUCUCUGAACCAGGCAUGAUUCCUAUACUUAUAAUCCCUUUUGUGUGGAAGCUGCUGCUCCCCUUGUUUCCUCACAUUGCACUUCUGAUUCUUCCCUCUCAAGUAAACUAAACAUCUUGCCUUGAAUCCUUCCCAAACCCUCACUUUUUAACCUUGGUGCUGUUUUCAUGGUGGUUGGCUGACUUGUUUGUUUUACUCCGGCAGGCGAAUAUCCAUGAUGAAGAACCUGCUGGCCCCCUAUGAGCAAAGACCCUGGGCCCAGACCAACUGGAUCCUUGUACGACUGUGGCGAGUAAGAACAGAUAUCCUCUGCUUUCACAUUUUGUUCAGAAUUUCCAGCUUGUAGUUUUAAAACCAGUGGUUUCCCCUGUGUUUGAACUUUCCCUUAACUUCUUGUUUGAACUUUGUUACCUGCUUCUGGCAAGAGGGUCUCCAUGUUCCUUGUUGGGAGAUAACGUGAGGUCUUCUAAGCAGACAUUUCUCCCUUCCCCCCCUCUCCUGUAGGGCUGUGGAUUUGGAUACAGGUACACACGGCUUCCUCAUCUCCUGAAAACCAAGCCAGAAGAUGCCAAUCUCCCCAGCUUGCAGAGUGAGUGGGGGAUAGGGAGUGGAGAUGUGUUGCUUUGCCAAUACAGCUUGUGGGUAAAUGCAGUCCUGUAACUGAGAUUAUCCUAAUCUGGUUAGCUGUUGACUCUGGUACCAGAAGGGCAGGAUCCUGUUUUGUGGUGCCCCCACACUGCUGCUGUCUGUUGGCACAAUAAUCGGCACCAGUGGAUCCUGUCUGUGUAACUGCUGGGACCCAGCAUGUCUGGGAGCUAGAGGGCUCCUGAUGCCAUGUAAUAUAAAUAAGUUGUCUCUGUCCCUAACUUAACUGUGUGUGGCAAACUCAGGGUGAAAAGUUUCUUAUUAACUUCCUCACCCAGCUAUCUUCUAUUUUUGAGUGCAAAACCUUAAAAAAAAAAACAACCCACCACCUCCAUAUAAUUGUGAUCACCCUGGUUGUUUUCACUGGUUCACUAGGUGAUGACCAAGAAAGCUCUGGUGUAUAUUUAUAGGCGACAAAACAUUUUAGCAGCAUAUGGCCAGAGCAGGCAUGAGUUGACAAAGUGUGAAAGCAUCCCCAAAGGCACACCAGGUUAUAGUUUUAAGGAGUAAAAUUGAUUUUUCUAAGGAAAUCAAGUUGAUUGGCAUUGAUGGUACAUUGGAUCCAGCAGGCACUGCUUCUCUUGCAGCUCUGGGCUGGUCCUCUUCUGUGAAUGUUAGUCCUACUUUGUUCUGAGGCAUUUGCCACUCACUUAUGGCAGCCAUGGUUUAGUAAUCAGGCUGGUCUUCCAGUGUCACCACAGUACUCAGAAUGGCUUUAUAUCCAGCAUGGCAAGGAUCUCUGAGAGACUCCAGUUACAAGCUGUAGGGGGAGCUUUGGCUUCUCCUCUGUAGUUAUUGAUCUAGUGAAGAGAAUGAUGGCAUCUGUGUUGCUGAGUGGAUGGCAAGUUAUGAGUUGGUCCUGCACUCUUUCUCAGAGAGCAUAUAAUGCCGGGACAGAAUAACUAACCUCACAGCCCAGCAGAAGGUGGCAGUAGUAACACCUGCUUGACCCUUCUAAGAAAAUUUGCAUCUAUAAUGUUUCUCUCUUUGUUUUGUUUUGCUUUUUUCUUUUCUCCUUUUUUGGGGGCCCAGGAGAUCUCUCUGUUGCUAGUUUCCAGAGUAAGUUUCCUGUUGUCUUCCCUUUGUAUGGUGGUGACAUAGUUUUAUAGCCCUCUAGUAGAGCCUUUUCCCCUCCCACCCUUGGUGCACAAGCCGGUCCUUUGGAAAUGAUGGGGUAGAAAGAUAAAGCGGGAUGAGUCUGGCUGCACCAAGUGAUGGUCCUAAGAGCCAUCCAAAUGUUUGUCAUGGCGACCUGUCAAAUGUGCCUCAGGGUGGGUGGUUAAGUAUGUAUCUCCCUUUAGUUUGGAGGGAAUAUUACGAGUGCACAGCAAAUAUGUGUAGGUGCUGUUAAUGUGCUCUCCAUAGCAGUUUCCCCUUGUGGCUGUGGUGUCAACUGUCCUUUUCCUUUUUAUUCUUCUCCAUUCCACCUUUUUUUUUUUUACACUUCUCCUUCUGAAAAGAUGGACACAACAGGGAACAGAAAGGUUGAGCAGAUACAUCUUCCCUGAAACUGCUAGCUCCAGUUCUGCAGGGUAAUAAGCUGGCUGUUUUUGUUGAGGCUGUCAUGAAACUCCAUCCCUGGGGGUGCGGUCAUUGAAUGACCUUGGGACACCUAUGCAAUUGGGUUCACUUUUCUAGGUGUCGGCAAGGUCAUCCCUGUCUGCCAGUGAUUUCCUCCAUGUGGCUCCGAGAGGUCUAAGACAGGGCACAGGAUCCUUUGGCUAGUGAUCCUGCUUUCUGCUAUUUUGAGGUGUACUUGAAUGAAUAAUUAAUACCAAGUUAAUUGAAAGGAGCCUAUUUACCAGACGUCCUUGGGACACUGCCCUAGAGGGGCUGAGUCCACCCCCCUCUCGCAGGUCUUUGUGAUGCUGCAGGGAGAGAUUGGAGCACAGACAAUGGAAGACAUAUCAGGUGUGCUCUGGCCAUUACUUGGGGUGGAAUAUCUGAAUGUGAAAGUCAGCUCACCUCUCUGCCUGUCCUGUUACAAUCCCUCGCCUUUUGUGCCUGAGUUACUGCUAUGCUUGCCUAAUGUCGAUGGGCAAUUUAGGGGCACACCAAUGAUUAGCCGUCAUCUGCUCUGCAGCCUCAGUUUAUUAAGGGACAACUCAUGCUCAUUUCCUGUCUAGGGCCCCCUUUAGUAACUAAAGCGAUGAUGGGACUGGCUGGCUCCUAAGAGAGGAGAACAUGCACGUACAUCCUUCUAGCUUAGUCCUCUACUGGCUAGUUUUUUGAGCCUUGAGUUAUAGGUCCUGCUGUUAAGAGGUUGGCUAGAAGAGCUCUUAAAGCUUAUUCUCACAGUUGUGAGCCUUUCAUCUGCAUUCUCUUGAAAGCAAGCAGUGCUCUCACAUGUGUGUCACUUUGGGACUCUCAUUUGGCAGGGAUUUCAUUUCAGUGCCAAACUGAAGCUUAGAUAAUCCGGCUCUGCCUGACAGCUUCCUCCUGGUUUACAGCUGAUCUCUAGCAUGUUCCAAAGGAGGGAAAAGUGAUGUAAGGUGUGCUCCUGGGGUGGGGUGCCAUCAGUGUAUCUCAGAUUUCUUUUUUCACUGCUGCAGUCCUAGUGAUGUCAGUAGUAUCUGCUGCUGGGUUAUAGUUCCAUUGUGAAAAGUUUUACCUUAGCCCCUGUGUCUAAGGGAAGUGAGGAAAUAAAUGGCCCUCCUUUUAGACUCUGAUGGGGAGGACUUAUUAAUGAGAGCUAGCAAAGUUCCUGUAGCUAACACACACACACACAAUUUAAAAUGCACCCCUGUUUCAGGCUUGCUUUUGGGUUCCAUUGGCAGGCUGGAAAAGAGUUGGGUUCCCCCUCCCCUUUAGAUUUCUCACCCUGAUCGGAAAUAGGCAAACAAGUGUGAAUAUGUGCAAUGCUGGCAGAGAGGAGUGGGACUGUCUGUCUUGGGUGCUGAUUCCCUGCUAGGGAACUACUGUGAUGCUGCUUUCAGGAGAGAUUAGUGCUGAGCUGACCUAGGGCAUUGUAGGGAUGAGCAGGAGGGAUGCUUGGCUUGAGCUCAGCUGCAGGGCACAGCUUCUUACUUGCAGAGAGACAGCAAAUGUGCAUGACCACAUCCCAGCUAAUUCAGACUGGCAUUAUGGCAAAGAGCUCCGGGCCUUGGAGACGGGACAGGCUCAGAAUAGUCCAUGUGUGAAAGCUGGCCUUGGAGGGCAGCUGCCGCCUCUACUUAUUGUAAAGAGGGCCUCUGCUGGGAGGAGGCUCCAAGAAUUCCUUGUGAUUUUUGAGAGACAAAAUGAAGCUGAAUGCAGUGAAAGGGGCACAUACGUAUAAACUUAUAAACUGUUCCCCAUUUCCACACGAUGGCAGUGAAACAGGCUGGGCUUGGGCAGCAGCUGCCCAGCACCUUCCGGUAGUGUGGCCUCUUAAGAAGCCGCUGUUGUUUCAUUCCAGAGCCUUGUCCCUCCACCCUUCUGCAGCGACACAUGGCGGACCUGCUGCGGAGUGACCGUGAAAUGGCACCCAGUUUCCUCAACAGUGUGCUUAACCAGCUGAACUGGGCCUUCUCAGAGUUCAUUGGCAUGAUUCAGGAGGUGAGAGUUUUGGAUCCGGAAUAAAUCUGGUUGAAGGAGUAAGCCUCUGCCUGGCAUCCUGGAAGAUAAAAACAAAAGUCCUUUCCUUACUAGGUGUCAAUAGCAGCUUGCAGCACAGUUCUUGUGGGAUGCUGGGAUUGAGCUGACUUGUGCAUGAACUAGAAAAGGGGGGAGGGUUAGGGGCAGGUGUGAAGAAAACAGCUACUCCCCCUUCCAGUUUUUACAUUCAGCUGCAUCUGUUUUGCUUGGACAGAUCCAGCAAGCUGCAGAGCGCCUGGAAAGAAACUUUGUAGACAGUCGCCAGUUGAAGGUGUGUGCAACGUGCUUUGACCUGUCUGUGAGCCUGCUCAGGGUCUUGGAAAUGACGGUCACACUGGCUCCUGAGAUCUUCCUGGACUGGAGUCGCCCCUCAUCAGAGCUAUUACUCAGGAGACUUGCACAGGUACUCACUUCUCCGCAGUAAAACAUUAGGUUGGUUACAUGGCAAGAGGGAAAGUUUUUUAGCUGAGGAUGUGAAUGCUGUCAUUUGGCACAGUCACAGUUUCCGGUGUAAACUAUAUUAUUCUAAAAGAAUGUGUCACCAGCAAGUUUAGGGGCUAACUUAUACAAACUGCAGGCUGGCUCUCCCCUCCCCUCCCCCACUACUAUGUUACUCUGUUAGUGAUUGUUCAGAGAUUGUGCGUAUGCAUGUGUGCAGAAAGAUAAAGGUCUCCAGUUCACUGCCCUUUUUCUUCUUUGGUAAGCCUUAAUUUCUUCCUGGAAAAGAACUCCAGAGUAAAGACGGCCAAACAUUUCAAGAAGUGGAAGGAUAAGCCAAUCUGUACCCCUUCCCGAUGAUAUUCCUAAGAAUCUCCUUCUCUGGGCUUCAGCCCUUGCUUCCUUUUUCAAAUGCCUUAAUGCCCCCUUUGGUUUACUUAAAGCUUUUAAAACAUAAUAUCCCUCCACCUGUUUGCUCCAGAUUGGAGCACAAGGUGGCUGUCAGCACAGCUUACAAUGUAAUAUAAAUAUAAAAUAAAACAGAAUAAAAUCAUAAGUUCAUUAAGGAAAAAUAGCAACACAAAGCCGAAACACCAACCAGCAUCAACAAUAUCAGGUUCCAAAGGCCCAGACAGGUAGCUUUGCAUGUUCCAUUUCCAUUGCCCAUGGUCAACCUGGCCACCAUAUGACCAGACAGUUGAUGAGCAGAUGUCCUGGCAAGAUUACAUGGCCACUUGAGUGAAGCUGCUAAAUCAUACAGCCAUUAGCCAUUAGGUAACAAUGGAGAACAUGAAAAAUAUAGAUGUAGACGCUUAAAGAUGGGGAGGGCAAGGUGUACAUGUCACUUGGGACUUGCUUGCAUGGGUCACUGUAGCAGAUCCAUCUGGAAACCUAGUUUGAGUUGUCAUGCGAUGACUGGCCAUGCAAAGAGGCUUGCGGCACACCAGAACCGCCUAUAAGCAGUUACAUGCAGAUGAAGUGACCAAACCACUCAUAUUUGUUCUGAGCACAUCUGUUCACACAACCAACUACAGUGCAGUGUUUGAAAAUAGUUUGACCAAAAAUGUCAGGUUUUAAUUUUGAAAUGAACUCUUCGAAAGGCUUUUAUGAAUUGUUUCUUAAAACAGUUCAAUACUUAUCCCUGGAGGGGAAAACAAUGUGCUAAAUGUUCUUUGGGAGCCACUUUCAGAAUUCUGCCACAUUCUAAUUGAAGCAUCAGUUUGCUCUCUGGAAUGAUGACUCACUGCUGGCUAUUUUGCCCAACUUCUUUAAAUCAAAUACCUCUCUACACAACCUUGCAUGUACCUUUGUGCUAAGGUUCCACUGUAUGCAUGUGGAAAUUUGGCUUAUUAGAAAGAGACCCCAUCCAUCCAUGGAAUUAAGAGCUGUUUUGCCUUCUAAGAGUUUUUUCAUUGAAAGUAUCCACAGCCUGAGAUGUGAGCUGAUGCAACCUGAGCCACAUUUUCAGUCUGUUAUUGCUGAAGGCUCAGGUAUGUUGUCAUUCUCAUGGUUCACAGAGAGGCCUGUCAUAUUUCUUUUCUGAGCAGCCCUGCUGAUGGGUAUCCUUCACGCCAUGAAAUCUAGGGCCACACAGAGUGUUAUCAUGCAUCCAUCUAGUAUCUCACCAUCUGCUGUAAAAUAUAUGUUCUUGGAAGACCGUCCUCUGCUAUUGUGGGUCUGAAAGGCAGAUAGUUCCAGGGCAUAAAGGAAGGAACAACCCUCAAGGCCCUUUUCUGUAUCCCAACACACCUUAUUACAAUGCAGUGCCCAAUAUUGUGCCUGCUGUUGUAGAGAGAUUUCUGAAUCCGAGGGAAUUGAGUUGUCUAAACCCUAAUGAUCAGACUGAAAAGUAUCAGGAGCAGCAUAUGUGCAUCUCUGCAAGUGUACAGAGAGAGAAUUCCAUCUUCUGCUUUAAUCAUCCUGCCAUCUCUUCUUACUUCCCCACAGCUGCUAAAUCAGGUGCUGAAUCGUGUGACAGCUGAGCGGAACUUGUUUGACAGAGUGGUCAAUCUUCGUCUGCCAGGUGAGCUUCCUUCCCAGCCACCUUGCAGUCAGUCCUGCUUUGGGAGAGGGACCAUAGCUCAGUGGUAGAGGAUGUGCUUUGCAUGCAGAAGGUUCCAGGUUCAGUCCCUGGCAGCUCUAAUUCAAAGGAGCUCUAAGGUGAUGGCAAAGCUGUCUGAGACCUUGCAGAGCCACUACCACUAAAGAGUAGGCAAAGCGAGGUAAGAAAGACAAAAACUCUGACCUGGUGUGAGGCAGCUUCCUACAUUCUUACGUGAUCUAAAUUCUCCCGUCAAUCCUGGGAAAUAUUCCUCUCUCCUUCUACAAACCCACAUGAAUGUUUCCAAUGGUUGUGGACAUUCAUUGUGUCUGCACAGGGGCUUCACCCACUCCCAGUCCUUUGAACAACAAGAUAGGAAAUGUCUGUGGGGAGAAUUGUGUGCUGACCUUUUAUCUCUGAUUAUGGUGUCAGUGCAACUUCCAUUGAUGCCACUGCUCCCUCCCAUCCGCUCUUCAGAUAGGCAGGAGCCCAACAGAGCACACGUGAGAAUGAAAGAUGGCAUCCAAUCCCAAAAGGAAGCCUCAUGUGGUCUUGGCCUUCGUUGCUUACAGAAAUGCAUAAAACCUGCAAUGAUGGGAAAUGGGAUCUUUUGGCUCUAAACAGUAAGCAGUCAUUAAGUGAUGGCUGUGUGCCCACCUACUCAGGGUGAAGGAAUCCAUUCUUGUACAGAGCUUGUUAAAUUGCAAAGUAAUCUUUAGGGAGGCAAGAUGUCCUGCUUCUGCACUAAAAGCUGUCAGAGAGUGAUACCGGUGAAUGAGCGGGAGCUGCAUUUAACUGCAAAAUUGCUGACUAGAUUCCACUUACGCUAUAGCUCCAUUAUCUUUAGCCCUUCAUUUUGGCUGGUUAUUCUGGUGUCUUAUGAUGAGAAAAGGACAGCAUAUGUUAGCAGUGUGUACACUCUCUGCCUGUCCCCCCCUCCCCUCCCACAGAGCAUGGACCCUUUCCCUUCACACAGCAUUAUUAAAUAACUGCUGUGGCACACACUGCUGCAGAUCAAUGUCGUACUGAUCAGUAUUAGGAAGUAAACAAUAUUGCUGAGUCAAUGUGCCCUUGUGUUCCUUCUUGGGGAACAAGGACUCAACCCUCAUUGAAAAUUGAGAUUGUGAAUGGAGAGAGCUUAAAAAGAUCCACACACUUCCACACAUUUUUACACUUUCCUAUUCUUUGAUGGAUUUAUUUAUUUGGCAUCUGUGUGACGCAAGUAGUGUGAUAGAAAUAACAUUCUGGAAUAGGUAUGGUCAUAAGCAUGUGAAGUAAAGGACCAUAUGAAUAGCUGUCAUCCUGAAGAAAGUUGUCUCGGAAGUGUGCCUAAUUUUAAAUUUGGACAAGCUUGUUUUACCUCCCUCUGCUUCCCUUAAAUUUUUGAGCAUUGCUUUAGUCAUACCCCCAUUAUCCCAGCUCGAGCACCUCUGCCCUGUUGGAAACAUGGGGCAUAUUGGCAUGUGUGACCACCAUCAAGUCUUCCACAUUUCAAAGCAUUGGCUUCUGCUCACCUAGAAGCAGGAGAAAAUUGGAAUCAUCACUCAGCACUUCUUCAGACCUGUCUUCAAGUGCCGUUUUCAAGGUUAUGUGCUUGAGAAACACUCUAUGUUUGGGUGACUCGGGGGAUUGUAUGCUGACUGGAAGGUGGAGGAAUGCUGGACCGCUACUGAAGGGCUUAGCACCAUUCCAUUUUUUUUGCACAAUCCUUUUAAGUGCCCUUCUAAUAGGAAACCAGACAAUGGCAUUAGCAGAGAUGAGCAAGUGCUUUCUCUAGUGUUUGUCACUUACCUCUAAGAUUUCCUGUUUGCCAAGGAGGUUCAUUCUGUUUUGUCCAGGAUUGUCCAUACUGGGAGUGGUGGUGGAGGACUCAUUUGAGCUUAUGGUGCUCUAGCAAAGACCUGAUGAAGCUGAUGGAUGUAGUACUACAAAUCUUUAAGUGAAUAAAUACAAACAUUUAUCUGCUCCUGGUCUCCUGAAAACUUAGGCUGGUGGUGUUUCUCAGUGCAGUGCUAUGCUAAUUUGUCCUCUGCUAUAGUUAAGAAGAUAAAAAGGGGUGCUCAGGGGAAGUCAACAAGCCAACUUUUCAUAGAACUGAUUGUAAUUUGAAAUACCUGCUUUCUUCCCUAGGACUGGAGAGCGUAGAUCACUAUCCAAUCCUUGUGGCUGUGACAGGAAUUCUGGUCCGGCUGCUUGUUGAUACUGACUUCCAAGGGUAAGUGCUGCUUAAUUCCACUCCAUGGGGGUGAAGAUUUCAUUGCUUGUGUUCUAGUUUACUGUUCUGAAAUGAGCAGCCUGGCAUCAUUGUGUAUUAGGGUAAUGAUGCAGUCUUUGUCUUUGCCCCCUGUUUUCAUAUGCACAGUCUGGUUGCAGGAUAUUAAAUCCCCAAAUAAUUUCUGUCCUGUACGUUGGUCUCUGGGUGCUUUGUGCUGCGACUAUAGUGUACUUGAGAGCUAUUUAAAAGAAAAAAGGGGAGACAUCCUGUCAAUUUAAACCUUCCAUUGAAUUAUUUAAAGAGGUAGCCAAUGUGGUGCCCUCAAGAUGUUGUUGGACUACAACUUGCAUCAUCCCUGGCCCUUGUUGGCUGAGGCUGAUGGGAGUUGGAGUCUAACAACAUCUAGAGUAUUGGCCACUCUCUGGUGUAAAUAUUCUGGUGUGGGAUACUUUGUUUGCUUUUGUUCUCUGCUUGCUUCUGUUCUCUGCUUACACCGCUAUGUAGCUCAUGUAAGCUAUACUAUAUUCUGUUCCUUGGUUGUUGUAUGGUGUGGGUUCAUGGCAGAUUCUGCUUAGGGGGUGGACCGUUGGACAAGAUGAUCUUUAGUUCUACUCUAUUCUUACAGUAACUUUAAAUGGAGAUCUGUCCUAUGUCUGUAUGUUUCUCUUCAUCUUCUUGUUCUUCUUUUUCUAGUAAGAACAAGCUUUGGGAUUUAAAUCUGGGAAUGGUCCUGCCCAAAGGAAAGCAGGCCAUUUCUUUUACCUUUAUGCAUAGGCACCACUCACAUCCUGUAACAAAAGAAUACUCUUUCUACAUAUGCAGUUACCUUCCUAAACUGAGCAAUGCUGGCAGCAGAUCGUUUAGACAGAUAAAACUGUAAAGACAUGCUGUGUUUGGUUGUGUUAAACAGUGAAUAUGUCUAGCUGCAGUAGCGUAUGACAGUGGAAAAUAAGCCAAGUCCCAAGGGAAGGUGGCUACUGACAUGCCCCUCCAGAUCUACUGCAGUGUGGCUGAUGGCAUUAUUGCUUUGCCUUCAUUGCCCUUGUUAUGGUAUUCAGACAGACGUGAUGGACAAGUCCCUUCCACAGCUCUCAGGACUUUUAGAGACAGUGGCUUGACACUCACUUGUCAUCUGAUAAUCUCUUCUCCCAUCCUGUUGUGUUUUUUGAAAAAACAAAACUAGCCUUUCCAUUAUAAAUUAGGUACUGGUAGUAGCUACUCUUCUGAUUUCCAACCUAGAAAAAAAUCAUCUCUCCUAACAGGCAGGGUACAUUAGUUGAAUCAUGCUAAGACAGGAAGAAGUGGUUUGGCUGGCAUAAGGUUUGUUCAUAUCUCGGCUGAUUAAGUUUUGAUACAAUCAUCUGAAUGAGGUAAACAACUUCUCAAAUGCAGGCAGUCAAUAAAUACUUUUUGCAUUUAAUUCCACUGUUUUUGAUGUCUACUGUGGAUCUUAAAGUAGCAUUAAAAACAGCUUUCAGCACUUCCUCUCACCCCUCUGCCUCACUGGGGAAAGGACAUAUUUUACUUCCUGACCAUUCCAACUUGAGGAGGAAAAUGGGAACAUCAAGCUCCUGAAAAAGGUCCAGAGGGUUGUUUUAAAAAGAAGGGUGCAUUCACUCCCCUGUGAAACACAUGCAAAUACCCAUGAUGAUCAUGGAGAAAUAUGUGCAUAGCCUCCUUCUAAAAUGAGCCUUAAUUGCAUUCAGGUCUAGGGAUAGGCAUUUGACAGGUCAAAAAGAUUUGGCCCAUUUGAUCAGUCAAGACUGUAUAUGGAAAAAAGAUAUUCUCAAGUGGGUUGAUACUUACGUUAACUGCAAAAACAAGUUAGAUAACUGUUAACUGUGAAAGAAUGAAAUUACCUUUUUAAAAGCAUUGCUUUGAAUUACAGCUUUUAACAUUGUUACAUAAGGUUUCUAUAAAAGUGAAUGAUUUACUGAGCAGUUCUCCUCAUUGGCUUUUAUCCUGGAACAGCAGGGCCAGUCUGCAGUUUCAUUUUUUUGUUAUAAAGGAAAUUAAAGCAAAAAUAAAGCAAAGUAACAACUAUUUAAUAACAAAUGGCAGUUUUAAAGGCACAUGCUAGAUUAGCAGGUUAGUUCUUCAAGCAGCACCAGUAUCACGGCUACUUGGAAUAUUUGACAAUCUUUUAGAUUCAAAAAAUUAAAUAGGUAACCAGCCAUCCAGUGUGGCAACUCUAUUCAGAUUGCUUUUAUCUUGCCUCAUGUUCUAGUUUAAUCCUUCUCACCGAAAUGCAGUCCAUAUGAAACUGUUGUGUCACGUUUCAGUUUCUCAUUUGGCAUGUCUUAUUUUUUCAAAAUGUUGUCCUUGUUUUGCAGACAGCUGAGCUCCAUGUGGCUAGGCAUUUUAGUUCUGUAAGCAGGCUAUUUCUGAUCCUCUCCACCCCCCACCAAGGCCUUCCAGAUAGACACAAAUCAGCCUAAUUAUAUCCUCCCUCCUGUGGUCAAAGCCACAUAGCCCUAAAUAUAAAUGUGCCAAGCACACCAUAUUAAAGUGAAUUUUUUUUUUUUUUAAUCUGGUUGUGGGAAACCCUAUAGAGGCCAAUCCCAUCCCACCCAAAUUGGGGUAACAAGCUCCCUCCGUCCCUUACCUUUAUAUCAGCCACAGCGGCCUCAGCAGGGAUUCUGGAUCUACCACAGCAUCUAGUUUGCCUUCUUGCCAGAUUGAACUCCUUUCAUCAUUGAUCCUGUACACUAUCUAGCUUCUACACUAGUUCCUUUACAGCCCAGCCGAUAUGCUGACAUCCAGAUGCAAUUAUAACCCUCCCUGUUCCUGUUUCCGCAGCCCAUUUGCUUCCUGUUCUGUGGGGCAGACUAGCUGUUUCUUUUCUUUUGCCCAUGUUGUCCUUAUCUAUAGUGCCCUCAAUAAGACAUUGCUUUUUGAGGAAAGGUCGUGCUGCACUUUCAUUGAUAGGAACAGACUAAUGAUGAUAUAUAACUAUUAAGUGUUUUUAACAUGGCAUAUGAGAUCUACAGCAAAUUCCUGGACAAAUUUCAUGUUAACAGGAGUAAAUCAACAGCCUGAGGACAGAGUGGGCUGCAUUUUCCAAGUGAAAACAGCACAUUGCUUAAUAACCUCCAACAGAUAUUUGUUCGUUAAUUGUAGUGAAAUAUGGUCCUUUUCUCAGCAGUGAUUGCAGCUCAUUAUAGAGGCCUCCCUUGGACUAUUGUUGUAUCAUAUAACUUCUAAAUUGUUUCUGAGGCAUGAACAGUGGAUGGGAAUGGGGCUAAUUACCGUCUCUGUGAUCUGUAGCUUCUUGAUGCUGCUGGCUUUCAUUGAAGAGGGAUCGGGUUUUGUUCUGUUGGAAGACUAUGGAGGGAGCAUGAAUCUAGGGUCUUUAUCUCUUAACACUGUGACUUGAGCAAUAGUAUUUUCAUAGCUGUAAUUGCUAUGAAAUCACAAUGGAGAUGUUUUUGCAGAAAUGCAUGGGUGAAUCAAGAGUUUUCAAGGGCCUAGGGCAAUUAACAGAGUCUAUGACAGGGAUGGCUGACCUCCAGCUGCAAAUUUUUCAGACCCCCCCAAGCCCCCAGCAAUUUUAGCAGUGACAUGAAAAAGAAAGAAAAAAGCAUGAUGCUGGGCUUUAAACCUAUUCUUCCAGUUUAGCAAUCUCUUGUUGAUGCAAAUUAUCCCUUCCUCAUCUGAUUUGCAAAGAUCAUCUGAAGAGGGGAGACUGUGUGUCCUGUGCAUGUGUGCAUGGCCAAGGGUGGACGUGGCUCUAUGGCCAAAAAACGGGUUCUGUAUUCCUGGCUUAGGGAGAUAUAUAUAAAUAAGAUGGUAACAGUGGGGGAAGGACAGGAUUUGGAAUCCUUGGCAGACCUAUGGAACAGCUUGUCAGGUAUCUCCUGAUCAGGAACUUCCAUCACACCAAUUGAUUACUUACAUUACUUUCUCUUCAGUUUACUUGCUGUAGAUACCCCAGGUAGAAAUCCUCAUAGCAGACCUGUACCUGCCGUGCACUAAUGGUACAUUUGGUUAGAAGCCCCAUUGAUGCUUACCUAUAAAAUGGCAGCCAUUCUUCUGCAAUGCCAGGCAUAGUGCCAACUAGUUGCUUUUCUGUGGAAGGCUGAGCUGCUUUGGUUUUGAUGGAAAACGUCUGGGUGCCUUUAAGAACUCCAGUUGCUGACUUACAGUCAGACCAGAAGGGGGCAUUGUGAACAUUUAGUUGAAAAUGGAUAUCAUUUAGCAGCCCCAGAGUAUUAGGCUGAACUACAGCAUACAUUGUGCUCGUUAACAAACUUACCCUAAAGAUUGUUAAAGGUUCUUCUACACCAGGGUUUACCAAACUUUGGUCUCCAGCUGUUUUUGAACUACAACUCACAUCAUCCCUAGCUAGCAGAACCAGUGGUCGGGGAUGAUAGGAAUUGUAGUCCAAAAACAGCUGGAAACCCAAGUUUGGGAAACCUUGAUCUACACUACAGAGUGAAACUGCUUUAAGCCAGUUUAACUGUCAUGGUACUGAUUUCCUUCCAGUGAAGUCUGAUAAUUGCCGUUUAUUUGAUAAUUAUUUUGGAAUCUAUUCUGGAGGUAUGUGUGCCAGAAUGAGAUGUGGUAUUCUGGAUGCUCUUGUUUCUAUACAAAUGUGUUAACCACUUCUAGACAUCACUUUUUCAAGAUUGGUAGAUGGAGAACAAGAAGGCACACUGGGAGAGACCUUAGGCCAGGGGUAUGAGCAAUCAGUGGCUCACCAAACUCUUCGGGUGCUUGGGAGGCAUUUAAAUUUAUUAGAAUGCUUGUUUAACUGGGGCUGGCUGGAAAACUGGGCUGGUGACAAUUACAUGCUAUCCUUUUCAAUGAGCUCAGUUAUAUUACUAUAAAUUCCUAUGAUUUCCAGACCAUGACAACUAUACUGAAAGGCCUUAAUAACAUCUAAAGCAGGCAUACAGAAUUGAAAAGUGGGGAUCUCCCAUGUAGCGGUUUGCAAAGGGGAUCCCCGAGUCUUGGUGUGGCUUAUUACACAACCAUAACUUGUGGUUGCCACUGAUCGUUCCAUUCAAGGUAGUUCUCCUCACUUGCCACCUUCCUUCAGAAGCCUAGCAAGAAGGGAGAGAAGUUGCUCCAACUUUCGUCCCUUGAGUUGUCCUUGGAAGAAGGAAGGGUACUGCUUCUCUCAUGCUGGGCUUUUGCAGGAAGCACCAGUAGCACCUCACUAUUGCUACCUCCUGCAAAAACCCAGCAGGAAUAGGAUCUUUGUUCUGGGCAUGUAGUAUAGGGCGAGGGGGCAUGUCCUCUCAUGAGUGGACUUAUAGAACCCUAGUUAGAAAUACAUAAUGACCUGGGAUUCAAAGAGCUGCUUUAGGCAUGCCCUAAGGCCUGAGCCAUGCAUGCCUAAUAGGAGUUUUCAUUCCACCCUAACCUCCCUAACCUCCACCAUAACCCUAACCCUAACCUCCACCUCCACUAGGCAAUAGACCACAAUACAAAGCAUAGCCUUUGCUUGGAGAAUCAGUUUCUUUUGACCUGCUUGUGCUAACAUUGAAGAGAGUCCCAUGGGUCCUCAUUUGAGCCUUGGAUAAGGGCUAUGGAAACUGGCACCCUCCACAUGCCUCAUUCUCUGCAUCUUGAGUUGCACUUGACAGAUGUUCUGUCCCACUGGCAGAUUGUCCUUUUGGAAAAAACACACACAGCUAAUAUGUCAGCAUGAUAGUCUUAGGCAGGGAUGUGAGUGUGCAUCCUAGCGAUUUGCUGGUUGCCAUGGCUGUGAUCAGUCACCAGCUAUUGAGUUCUUGUCUUAACUGGCCUGUGCUGUUGUCAGCACAUACCCCAGAGUGAUUACAAGGCUGCAGGAGCAAUGUAAUGCAUCCUGAGAUGGGCAUCACAUGGCUCCCAUUUCAGUUCAUAUAUCUAAAGUUGGGGGGAAGUGUUGCUGUUGGACAGAUGGCAAUAAUCAUUAGGCUUUCCCAAUUUAAUUAGGAAUGUUCAGCAGUGGGUGGAAAUUGUAAAUUAUACGAGGAGAAGAGCUUCGUUAUGGGAAGAAGGUAGGGUGUGAGCUGCUUUCUGCAAUUAAAAGGGCAAGGAAUCAUAGAAUUGUAGAGUUGGGAGGGACCUGAAGGGUCGUCUCGUCCAACCCCCUGCAAUGCAGGAAUCUCAGAUAAAGCAUCCAUGACAGACGGCCAUCCAAUCUCUGCUUAAAAGCCUCCAAUGAAGGAGAGUCCACAGCCUUAUGAGGGAGACCAUUCCCAUGUUGAACAUCUCUUACUGUCAGAAAGUUCUUCCUGAUGUUUAGUCAAAAUCUCCUUUCAUGUAACUUGAAGCCAUUGGUUCGAGUCCUACAUUUCAGAGCAGGAGAAAAUAAGCUUGCUCCAUCUACCCUGUGACAGCCCCUCAGAUAUUUGAAGAUGGUUAUCAUAUCUCCUCUCAGUGUCCUUUUUCCCCAGACUAAACAUUCCCAGCUAAACAUAAUCCUCCCAAAUGAAGCACCUAUGAUGAGCUCUUAUAUUUUGAAGAACAAAGGAAAGUAAUCUUCGUAUUUUGACUUUGUGUGCUAUUCAUAGUUAUUACUCUGAAAACAUCUGAAAUGUUCUCUGAAUAAAUAUGUAUUCAUAAGCUGUACCUUUCUGAGAACAUCAGACACUUUAGCCUAUGGCUAAAAAUAUGGAGGAAAAUGGCUCAACUGCAAAGCUCACAUUUGUGCACAGUGUGAUUAGUUCUAAACUGGUAAUCUGUUUGGCUUUUUCUUCCUAAGUUUGUGCAUAGGAGACCAUUUAGCCCUUAUAAUAUCUGACUAUAUUAUUUAUAAAAAUAUUUGCUUUCUGCUAUUCAUAAAAAAUAUCAGUGUUCUGAAUCAAUGCUUAGACGUUCUCUGCACUGUCACUGGCUUGAGAAGAGGAGUCCAGAAAUUCCAUUCACUGCAUAUCUUCAGUGUAUAUUAACAUUUAUUGACAAAGAGUACGUUUUCCUGGGCCUUUGGCUAAUUAAGCAAUUUAUGGCCUUUUAAACUGUGUGGGGUUAUUGUUUUUGUUUGUUGUUAUGAUAUUGUGGUAUGUAUGUUUGUGUUUUUAUAUUGUAAACCUCCCUGUGAUAUUCGGAUGAAGGUGUAGAAAUAAUAAUAAUAAUUUGGUGUUAUGAUUAUUUGUGGUAAUAGAUACAUACAAGGAUUACAGUUUGUGAGAAGCAUUGACUCCUCAGUGCCAAAGGCAACCCCACAUAUCACAAUGACAUUAAUCCAGUUUGGAGGUGACCAGCACAUGUAUCAAUGUGGCCUGACUGUCUGUAACCUGGGAAAUGCCACAACUGAUGAACCAAAUUAAACUGCUAAAAGGUGUUCAGGGCCACAUUUGCCCUUAUUGGCAAUGUUGGAUCAAGGAAAACCCCUAAGCUAUAUACUUGCUUCUUUAGAGGGAAUGUAACCUCACCUGGAGCAGGUAAUACACCAAAUUUCCUGGACCCAGGGACUGUCAAUCCAUAGUUCUGUCAUCUGGUCAAGAUUCGGCUUCAGUUUAUUGGCCCCCAUCCAAGCCAUUACUAGGUGCAGACACCAGUUCUGCAUCUCUACAGCCUUGAGAGUAGAUCUUGAACCGAGAGCUCAGGGUUAAUUGGUUCUAAAAGGGUGCUCUAGAAUUACUGGAUAGUGAGGUCUACUCAGGGGGCAGGAUGGGGCAGGGUUUCAUUUAGUACAUAAAUGUCAAAUGAAGAGCUUGUUUUAACUUGCUUAACAUGCUGGGUUGGGGGAGUGAAGCUUAUAGAACUUUGAGAAAUGGGAAAUUCCAGUUUCAGGGGAAAUCAGGAAAAGCAGAAUACAUCAAUGUAAAUGUUGGUAGUCGGGGACCUUCAGCCUCUUUCUACUCUUAUAAUUAGGCUUUUAAAGCUAGUCAGCUUCCAGCAUUGUAGCAUAUAGUCUCUGUGCAUGGGCUGUUCCUCCUGCUAAGGACGAGGGUGCCCUUUUUGUCCUGGGGUGAUCCUGUGAUCAGAGAAGCUUAGUUUCUCUCCUGGUGCUGGGGAUUAACAAAUGUUUGCAAAAACCUUUGAAGAUUCAAAGUGUUCAGAACACUAAUUAAUUACAAUCUCAUUGCAUUAAUCUGGCAUUUGGUAGUUCUCUUUUGCCUCACACCUGGUGAAAUUAAUAACUCCCUUUGUAGACAUGUCAGAUGCACAAUUCAGUCAAAGAGCAACUUGGUAGAGCAGGACUGAUCCGUUAUAUGGAUUUGUCUGUCUGGGCGACUAAGUGCUGUUAAUGUGGGUCAGCCAUCACUUAACUCUGGUGCCGCAUGUGAUGGCUAAUCAAUAGAGUAUCACUAACAGGGGUCUAUACAGUAGCAGAUGACAUGGUGGUGCUCACAUAACCUUGUUUGUGUCACUGUUCCUUACUAAGAGGUAGAGGGAAAGGAGAAGGCAGUGGCAAGGUUGGCACAGUUCAAACUCAGUUAUCUGGUACUCCUGCCUGGUGCAUUUGCACCAUGCCUACCUCACUGUCACCUCACCCCUCCAUCUCCCAGUAAGCAGCCAUGACACAGCCAAAUGGAGGUCAGGUAAGUGCUGCUACCCCACGGUCCACUACUGGGUCUGUAUGAGGAGCCGCAGUGUAAAUUGCCCUGUACUGCUAAAUUGACAUACCAGCCACUGAUUAUAAAUGGGGUUUGGUGCAGCCAGACGCCUUUUGCUUAUAAGGUAUUAACAGAAGAGCUGGUUCAGAACCUGCCUUUUCUAACUGUACAUCCUGGGCAUGAGAGAUAUCUGACUGGAGUGCAGAUUGUGCUGCCAUGCUGCCAUUCAGCUGGCAGGUUUUGUCUUUCCCCCAUAAGUUUGACAGAAAUGCAGGAAUUGCAAGAGUGACUCAUGGCCAAAGGCAUAGGGUGGUAUUCAAAGUAGUGCUGAAGCGAUUGCUCCAUUAGUGAAGCAUUUCAGCUUCCCUGGUGUAACGGAUCUCCCCCUCUUCUCCUUCUGUGCCCUGUUCUGGGGGUCUCCCAACUGCCCUGCCAAGCCAAUUUAUGGGGGGCAUGGGUGGAGGAGAGUGGGGGCAGUCCCCAUUGCUCUAGCGGGACUCAUUGUGCUAGCACCUGCUAGAGCAACUAGUUGUUUAAUAUUGCGUUUUAAUUGUUGUAACAUUUAUUACUACUACUAUUAUUAUUAUUGUAUUAUUAUUAUUAUUAUUAUUAUUAUUAUUACUAUUACUACUAUUAUUUGGUUGUUUCUGGUCCAUGAUGUCACUGUCCAAUUUCCAUAGUCUGAUUCAUGUCCUUGGCUGAAGUAGAGCUAUUUCCUCUUCUGUUGUGGCUUACUAAAUAUGGAGCAUUAGUAGAAAAUGGAACCAUCAGCUCUCAUUCUUUAGGAAUAAUCUCUCUACAAAACAACCACUUUUGUGCUGAGUAGAGGUGGGGGCCGGGGCAGAAUGACUCAACAACCUCUUGCUUUCUCUUGGUAAAACGUAAGUGUUUUAUGCUGGCCCAUUAGCUUGAUGUAUAGGCAGUUUAGAAACACCAAACUUGGCAGCAGUGUGAGUUCUCGAUUGCUGUUGUGUUUGCUAAGAGACGGCGUAGUCCAUUCCCAAGGGACAUUCAUUAAGCUUUCAAAGUCCUGCUUGUAAGAGAAGCUGGAUUUUUACUAAGGCAACCCCAAUUUUUAAUGAUGGAUUUCUGUGUUUUUAAGCCUCUUGAACUCUGAAAAAUUGUCUCUUAAGUGCAGCUGCUGUUAACGAGGCUACCUAGGUGGUUGUAGCAAAACAGCUGAUUUUAUUGAUGCAAAAGGUUUCUUUCAAUCUGCCAAGCUUGGCUAUUUCACUCCAUGUUAUGUGGUUUUCUUCGGAUGCCCUUAUAUUGCUUUCUUCUGCUCCUUGCUGGCUUCCCCCUGGCUUAAUUUUGGCCACUGUAAGAACAGCAGCCUAAAGGGAAAAUUUAAACUAAACUGUGGAGAGCUUGGUGGCAGACAUCUGUGUACUGUGCUGUUUUAUCCAAAGGGCUCAGAGCAGGUGAUGGUAUAUGCUUAAUUUUGUAUUUUCACGGGGUGAGUUCACACAUUCAGCACUGUGGUUAAUGAUAAGACAAAGGUGCCCUCCUGUGGUGAAAGAAGGGUAUAAACCAGGGGUUUCAGGGACUAAAAAAUUGUGAUUUUACCACAUGGGGGCUCUUUUAUACACACCUUAAGAAGAAUGGUGCGUAAUGAAUAUGUAAGUUAAUUUUGGACUAUUAGGGAUGGUAAAAGGUAAAGGUAAAGGACCCCUGGACGGUUAAGUCCAGUGAAAGGCAACUAUGGGGUGCGGCACUCAUCUCGCUUCAGGUCGAGAUGGCUGAUGUUUGUCAACAGACAGCUUUCCGGGUCAUGCGGCCAACAUGACUAAACUGCUUCUGGCACAGCGGGACAUUAUGAUGAGUGCCACCCAGGUACUCAUUGUUGUAAAUGUCCGCUACUGCUCUCCAUGGAGCAAAUGAGGCAGCAUUGGUGUUCUCCUCUUAAAAUGUGAGGUUAGCUUAACAUCUGUUCCAGAAAAAAAAGGAAAGCAUUGUUAAAGACAGAGUAAUCAAGCAUAUACCAGAAGUAAGUCUUGCUGAAGCAGAACCGCUGUGGUUUCUGCAAGUGUAAGUUUUCUCUCAUUUGCCUGUUAGAGUUUUUUGAGAGUAUCAACAAGCACUUAGAUAGAAGUGAUCCAUUUGACAUUAUGUAUUUGGGCUUUCAAAAAGCUUUUGACAAAGUAUCUCACUAAAGACUUCUGAGUAAGCUUAGAAGUCAUGGAAUAAGAGGAGAGGUUCUUUUGUGGAUGAGGUUAAGAAAAGGGAAGCAGAGAGUAGGAAUAAAUGUAAAGAUCUACCAGUGGAAGGUAGUAGAAAGUAGAGUCCCCCCCAAAAUGGUUUUGGGAUGUGCUAGUUUAACUUGUUCAUGGAUGAUCUAGAGCAGGGUUUCCCAAACUUGGAUCUCCAGCUGUUUUUGGACUACAUUUCCCAUCAUCCCUGACCACUGGUCCUGCUAGCUAGGGAUGAUGGGAGUUGUAGUCCAGCAACAGCUGGAGACACAAGUUUGGGAAACCGUGAUCUAGAGUUGGGGUUGAAUAGUGACGUAGUCAAGUUUGCUGAUACCACAUUUUUCAGGGUGGUUAAAACCAAAUGGGAUUGUGAGAAGCUCCAGAAAGAUCCAUCUAAACUGGGUAGUAAAAUGGCAGUGAAGUGAAUGGGCAGUAAAAUGGCAGCGGUAGUGGUAGUCACUAGUGGACUGACCAGGAGUAAGACCUGGGCUCAUAGCGGUUAACUCUGAUGAAGACAGCAUGGUAGCAGUCAUUAGCAAAGGGAUUGAAAAUAAAACUGCCAAUAUCAUAAUAUCAUUAUCCAGAUCUGCGAUGUGAUUACACUUAAAAUACUGUGUAUAGUACUGGUUGCCUCACCUCAAAAUGAUACUGUAGAGCUGGAAAAAGUUCAGAAAAGGGCAAGCAAAAUGACCAAGAGGGUGGAAUAGCUCCUGUGUGAGGAAAGGUCACAACAUUUGGGGCUUUUUAGUUUAGACAGGAGACAAGUAAGAGAUGACCUGAUAGAGGUGUUAUAAAAUUAUGCAUUGUUUGGAGAAAGUGAAGAGAGAGAGGGUUUUGUCCCUCAUAAUACUAUCCCUCCAAUUCAGGCCAUCCAAUGAAGCUAAAUGUUGGAAGACUCAGGAUAGACAAAAGAAAGCGCUUAUUCACUUCUCACAGUGCCGAGUUGCACACAAUAGCUAGUGAUUGCUAUCAAGAGUAAGGAGAGGAUGUUGGACUAGAUAGGCCUAGCCUGAUCCAGCAGGGAUGUCCAUAUGUUUAUGUUCUUAGUAGGUCAAAGCUGGGAAGGUUUAGCAACACCCUUUUCUGGUCAGAAGGCAUCAAAUGCAUUGAGAUUGGGUGUCUUUAGGCAAUGCACAGAUGGUGGAAUGCACUCAUAGAUGCACUUAUGCUUUCAUUUGCCUUUUUAGAUUGAAAACAAACCUCAUUGCUGGGUGUCUUAAAUUGAAGAUUAAUUCAGAUGGGAAUGAAGCAUGUGCUUUCAGAAACUUUGGGUUGCUUUUAAUGAUGAGGGAAACUGCUCUGGAAAGCGAAAAAUAACCUGUCAUUAACAAAAACAGAAACUUUUGCCUCCAAACCACGCUUUGCUGGGGCAGGGGGUUACAUGCCCUUACUAAGGCUCAUUCACAUGGUGCCAAACCGGGUUCUAGCAUGAUCUCUGAGCUUUGCCUCUGAGUAAUUGGCCAUCUUCUUAGCUAUGAGAUUGUUUUCCCAUUGAAGAAAUGUGUAGAAGCGAGCAUGUGGAUAGUAUUUCAUGCUUCCUCAUGCUUUUUUAAUGGGUGUAGAGUGGGCACAGUCACUUAGAAUGGAACUGUUCUUCUACUUCCCAGUUGGUAUGUGGCUCAAAGGCCACUUUGUGGAGAAACAGGGGUUUUGACUUGUUUGCAGAUGUCCGGUUCUUCCUAGUGGACAUAAGAUAGUCUGUCCUACCUUCUUCAUUCUGUAGGAAUGCGAGAAGCUGCCUUAUGCCGCUUCAGAAUAUUCCAUGCAGCUGUGUGCACCAGGGCUAUAGAACGUCUGAUUCAGAGGCCAAAUAAUGACCCUCCAGACCUCUCUAAUGAGGCUUUGAGACCCUACCCAGCACAUACCCCUUCCACAGGUCACACAUCACAUCAGCCCUGCUCCACACCCUCCUCACAUGCUUUUGCUUGUUCCUGAACUGACGUAGUGCCUUUUGGAUGCCUGGAUGGAGAGAUGUGUUCAUGGGAGUGUGUAAAGAAACUUCUAACCGUCUGUAGCCUACUGUACAAAGGUAGGGCUCAUGCCUGUUGCUCACCCCACUUUUGCCUUUGGCACACCCACCAAUGGCAUUAGGCACCCAUAAGGUUGUCCAUGACAGAAUGUGGUCCUUGGGCUCAGAAAAGGUCAUGACCCCUGGUCUACACAGACUGAUAUGCAUCUCUCCAUCAAGGCAUGCAGGAGUCGUUCCCGGCCCUCACUGGAAAUGCCAGGGGUUGAACUUGAGCCCUUUGGCAUGCACAACAUGUGUUCCACCUCUGAGCUGAGUGAGGCCCUUCACUUGUUGCUCUCUGUCUAAAUUAGGGGGUUGGAUAAUACAGGAACACCAUGGGAUGUCUAUAUCUCUACCACGUCCUUUUACUCAUCUUCUCUAUGCUUAGUUGUGUGUUCAGUUAUUAUAUUGCAUUGUGGUGAAGGUCUUUGGGGUCAGGCAUAAUCUGGGCUUGGGAGAAAGGUGUACUUAUACUGUAUAUUAUAUAGUGCCUUCCAAUCCAAUCCAAGGCAGCUUUGAACCAUUCAAAUCUCAUCACAACCAGUGGACGUUCAAAAACUAGAAGCUAGAUCUACAGCUGCUAUGAAUUAAAACGCACUAUAAGUCUGACAGAAUAGAAUCUUAACGGUUCGUGCAAAAGACAUCAAAGAAGGAGCCAGUCUAGCUUCCUUAGGAAUGAGUUCAACAAUGGGAGUUCCAUUACUGAAAAGACACAGUCAUGGGCCUCUACCAAUCAUCUCUCUUGCUGACGGAAUGUGAGCAGGGCCUGAGAACAUUGGCCAUAAUUCACAGGCAGAUUUUAAUGCAGGAUGAUGUUGUGAUUGAAGGAGAAUUCUGUCCAUAGUUAGGAGAAGGGGCAGUCCCAGAGAGCAGACUGAUUUUUUUGUAAAGUGCUGGUAAUUGGAAAUUCAUGACUAUACUCUUUAAGAGAUUCUGAAAUUAACUGAUCCCCUGGUCUACUGUAGAGCAGUGAGGAAUACUGUAGAAUGACAUGAAAAUUAUUGAAGAAUUUUAUGCACUUUAUUGUAGUAUCUGCACAGUUUAUUUCCUUUAACUAGAAGUAAUGAUAGCUAGCUAGCUAGCUAGCUAGAUAUAGACAGACAGACAGAAUAACUAAUUUCCAUUUUAUUGCAUGUAUCACGAUGGCUUCCCCCUCUUUCUUUCUUUGCUAAGGAGCACUUCAGUGGACAAAAACUGUAGCCUUUUUUAUUCUCAAUUUGAGAAUAUCUAUGAGAGCAGCCAUGGGAGUAAGUAAUAUGAGCACCACUCCUCCUCUGCCUUUUUUUCUUGUGGGAUUAGCUUCUCAGUAGCUAAGGCUGCAAUCCUAUGUAGACUUACCUGGGAGUGAGUAGUACUGAACUCAAGGGGGCUUACUUGAAUAGACACAUACUAGGUUGCACCUUAAGAUUUCUGCCCUGAAGCUCAGUAUGUCUGUUGUGAUUUGUUAGUCAGAAGCAGCAAAUGCAUUCCUACAUCCUUUCCUGCUGGAUAAAAGCUAAAUUGUAAAAAUUGUUGUUGUUUUUUGGUAGUCUAUCCCAUUUCAUCCCAAGGUUUGGAUUAUGUAGCAGUAAUUUUAUGAAUUAUGAACAGAUUAGAACAAAUAAAAACUCUCAACCACACAUUUCUUAGCCUCCAAAAUUGGAUAAAUAGGAUUUUUAAAAAAUGCUGCUGCUUUGAUCUCUUGUUACUUAUUUUUGUAUCUUAACUACUUCAGUGCCUAUCCAUUUACAAAUUGAUUUUUAAAUAUGGAUUUUUUAAGGAGUUAAAUGGUGUUUGACAUGUGCACAUAUGAAAAGAAGCAAAUGUUGCUUAAUUCAGUUUUGAUUUGUGUCAAGUGACUUACUAGCUUUUUCUUGGCAAAGAACUGAGGAGAGUAGGGCUGUGAUACAGAACGCUGCUGUCUCUGACAGUUGCUUGGUGUGCUACUCUUCCCAGGCUCAGGUUGACUCUGUCCACAGACAGCAUAGUAGGAGCAUCUCAACAGCAUAGAACAUCUCAUGUUCUGGAAAUCAUGGCUUGACAUCUCCUGCUGCUUUCCCCAUAUUCUGCUUUGACCCUGGUGUGCAGAACCACAGCAUAAAAAUAUGGCCAAACUAAAGAUCCACAUCUCUCUACGUUUUGAAUAUCAGGAAUCCUGAUUCAGGAUUGUCAGUGGCUAUAUAUGCUUCGCAAGAUGCAAGCAAGAAAUGUUAAUAGAAUAAACAAUCUUGGUUAUUUUUCUUAGCUUCUGGUUUAGAAACACCCCGACCCAGAUGUUCUUGGAAGAUAUUAAUAUCUUUCCUGGAUUUUUCUAGCCUCACGUCAACAACAUUUGUGGCUGUCCAGAAUACAAGUUUGUGAGAACCUCUGGUAGUGCAUAGUUUGCUCUGUAAUGUUCAUGUUGGUGUGUGCCAACUUAUCUAGCCCAGUUUUCUGUUCAGUCUUCAAGCUGUACUUUGGGCUGCCGUAUAGCUAGCCUGUAAUGAAAUAAUGUAGUAUAGUAAUUACUAGCCAUGGGGAGAAGGGAUUAAGGCCAAAUGUAGUUUGAUAUUAUGGCUCCUGGAAGAGUAUCUUUGCAAGGUAAAACAGUGUCUGAAUGUGUGCAAAGUAAGCAAGCCAAAGUAUUAGAAGGGAGAAACCACUCUAUUCUAUCUUCUUUUGCUCCAAAGAGAUGGCCCAUUUGUGUGUGGGGGGGGAUCCUUGGUUUUUUUGCACCAAGCCUUGCAGAAAUUAGUUUUAAUGGAAUUUCAUAUGUUUUCUUCCUUCCUUAGUCUUGACCCCCCCCCACAUACACAUACAUGUAAAUAUUUGUUUGUGUAUAAUGUGUCAAGUUCUUGCCCACAGACUUAGAAUUUUGUGUUGCAUUUCUUUCUUUGCACCUUCCAGCCUCAUUUACUGUGCCAAAAUUAAAUUGUGUUGUAAUUUGGUUUUAAUAUCAGAGACAUCUGUAAUAUUUAGAGUGCCUGGGUUUAGACUGGUAUUUGAGCUCCUUUUGUGUUAAAAGAACUAGAACUUUGUAUAUGGAGCUUUAGCUGGCCACGGACAAGGGAGACGAAGCCUGCACCGCCUCACACCGUUGCUGGGCAGACAAUUUCAGAUGCAGAUAACAACAUUUUAUAAUAAAAGGGCAUUUUUAUUUAAAUGUAACCCGAGAGGAAAUCUACCCCCAGGUUACAAUUAUUAUCAUUACAUGGAUUAAAGUACUACCAAAAUAGCUAGAUGCUUCGUUCUCCCAAGCACAUCUGCCCUUCUCAAGGAGAAAAAAGGCAGGGAGAUGGUUCAUUUAAGCGCGGAGCGGAGCGGAGCGGAGCGGAGCUGGCUUGUUGUAAUUACACUAGGUGCAUGAAUAAUCUAAUACAUUCCUGAAUUUGAUUAUUUACAGCAGCUUUUGGGGCAGGGGUGGGUGGGGAGAAACAAAGUUAACUUUUAAUGGCUAUAUUAAGUUAUAUAAAAGGUACACUAACCACAGCAGUGUUCUUGUCUAUCUAAUCCAGUUAUCUGAAUUGGCCAGCCAUAGGUUAAUUGUACAUUUAAAAAACAUAACACAACAUCAGCACUGUGUAUAGAAUAGCAUCCUUUUUAACCCUGUCUGGGAUCAAACUCCUCUCUGCUGUGAUGACAGCAAAAUAAAUAAUUUGCCCUUCUCAAGUCUAACCCAAGGAUAAUUUUCUGGCACCGAUUUUUGCUUUCUGUCACAGUGAUCCAAAAGCACAGGAUGCCCGAGCUAUUAGAAUUUUAUUGUAGAUACGAAGAAUUCAAUCUGGGGAAAAGGUUCCUCAUUAAAAGCAAACCCAGAACAAGGUGCUUUUAAGGGGCAGGCAGUGUGUCUAGUAAUACCAAGCAGUUUUGUUAAGCUGAUUCAAGCAGAAGACUGACUCUUACAGUUUCUGACACUUACGUGGCUGACUGCACAUAUCCAAAAGGGCGAGGUGGUCAUCUGGAGCAGGGCUUGUGACCUCUGUAAAGGGAGCAAUUGCUUCAGUUUUUAGCCAUGCUAUGACUUGUUCCAAGAAGCCUAGAAGUAAGUUGAAAAGUAUGGGCUCGGGAACCUACUUUCCAAAUUAAUAUUAGAAGCAGUAGCUGACUAAAGCAGUUAAAAAGUAAGAAAUGGCCCCCUCUUUGGUCCAGCAAGGGCACUCUUUCUUCUCCAGAAAUAAAAACAGGCUUGCUUAUAUAGCAAAUGUUUAUUCUCUGAAAGUCAAAGCCAUUACACAAUCUUGUAUUCCACAGCAGUUUUCUAAAGGGGGAUGGUACUCUCUGCUACAAGUUACUGUCUCUACUACUGAGCAGGCUGUAGUCAUCUGGGAUGUGUAAAGAGCAUUCAAUUCUUUUUUGUCAAAAGAUGGUUGCUUCUGUUGUGCAUAAUAAAUGGAUUCUGGGACGGUCAGACUAGAAUUGUUAGAAGAAAAGGCCUCCAUAAUUUCUAGGGGAGAUGAAGGAAAUUAAGAAUAAACCACAGUAGUCCAUCCAAGGGAGAUGAAGAGAAUUCCUCUGUGCUUUUCAGUGAGGAGAUGCUUUGUAAAUAUAUAUUGUCUUCCCUCUCCCUCCCACAAUGGAUAUGGGGUUUGACCCCACUCCUUCCCCCCUCUCCACCUUGGCUGCAUCCUUCCUGUGGAUUGCUUCCUAUCCAUCUGCCGGUGUCUGUUCUCGUUCCUCAUAGGACAUGAUGAGAGGAUCUGAAAAGACUGAGCUGACUGAUUCACUGUCCAGCUUGAGCUGUAAGAGUCUGGGGCUUUUAGCUUCUGGAAAGUCCUCGCUGACGGCCAACCUGACCUUGCCAUUCUGGGCUUCCUUGAUGGGCUCUAGGAAAACAACAUGCUUGUUUGCACUGAUCUUGCGAUUUGGCCCAUCUGUGGCUGGCGGGGUGGUACUAAGGAUGGAUGAUUGGGCGCUGCAGUCUGGAGGGGGGCUUGCAGGCUUCUUGAAGCACUUGGAGCAGCGACAUGGUGUGAGGUACAAGUACAUGAGGACAAGUACCAGGGUUACAACACACCCUAAGAGGGUUGUGAGGCCGGUAUUGAAAGACUCGGGUGGUUUGGGGUAUUGAAAUGUGAUGUUGACUUCAAACGUCUGGUUGAUCUGUUGGAGCUCGUUGAUGGCUAUGCACACAUAAACACCGGAAUGGGAACGGUUACCCUUGCUGAUCAAUAGGCUUCCAUUUCUGAAAGGUUGAUGCUCCUGAUUACUGUGCUCAGGGUACAUGAAUAAUUCAUGUCUAGGAGAGAUCCAUCUGUAGUUUGUGGCAUUGUCAUUAUGGAGGCUCGUGUUGCAGUCUAUUACCAAGGAUUCUCCCACUUGGCAGAGGAUUUGGGGAAUGUCAAAUUGGUUCCAGGAGCAAUCUCCAAUAUACUUGUUGUAAUUGAAGGUGUUGACUAAGGAACGUGGCACAUUGGGGAAAGCUUUGCAGGUGUGCUCCUCUACAAAAUCCUCCGCAGAACUGAAACCGCGGUGCUUCCAUUCCUGGAGCAUCAGAUGAAGAGAGCAGUCACAUAUCACAGGGUUGUUGUGAAGGUACAAGCCAUUUUUUAUGUACCCAGGCAAAGUUGCUAUUACUUGAACAGGAAUGCUGCUUAGGUUGUUAGCAGACAGAUCCAGGGUUCUCAGGUACGGGUGUUCAAGUCUUUGAAGGGACUCAAAUGGAAAUUUUGUUAGCCUGUUCCAACUCAGGUAGACUUUUUGCAAUCUGAUUAACUUGACAAAAGCAUUUUGAUCGACUUGUACAAUCUUGUUGUUGUAUAGCAAGAGCUCCUCCAACUUCACAAGGCCAUCAAAGUAGUACUUCUCCACAGUGCUCAGGUAGUUGGAAGACAUGUCCAGGUGUAAAAUGUAAGUGGCAUUGUGGAACACUUGCCGGGUGAUAUUGUGGAUCUUGUUGUGGCUGAUCCUGAGGGUCUGGAGACGUGGUAAGGUAGCCAGCCAGUAGUCAUUAAGCUGAGUAAUGUUAUUGUAGCUGAGGUCCAAGGUAGUGGCUGUGGGAAGCAGGGUGCUGGGGACCUGUUCAAGAUCCUUCUUGGCACAACUCAUGAGAUCAGCAGUACAAAUGCAAACUUCAGGACAUCUUCUGAGAGUGCAGUUGUUUAAGGUGCUGACUUGAAUGCACAGGACAAAGAAAACUAACAGCUUUCCAAGCAGUUUCCAAAUAAAUAAAGCCAAGGUCAGUACAUUCAUCAUGUAACAGUGGAGCUCACCCUGGUUUGUCACUAGCAUGGAAAUAAGUUCUCAAAGUCAAAUUCACACUGAGUAGAAUCCUCUUGCAAGACACUGAUGUGUGAAAGGGCAACAGUAGAAUGAAUCGGUAAAAUCAGAUGGUUUCUAGAGACUCUGAAUUACGCUCCUUAAAAUAUUGGGUUGUCUCACUCAGAAUAAACAGGCAUUUAAGAAAUAUGCUGUAAUCAAAGGCCAGCAGGUAACUGCUGUUCUGCAUGCCUCUCUUGGUAGUUGUAGAAACUGGCAGGAGUCUGUGUGCACGUAUUGCCUCAAAUAAUUUCAAAAACAAGGUAUGUCUAUAUAGAUCAUCUUGAGCUCUGAUUCAAAAGCCUUGAGCAUGUUUACAGGAUUUGCCUCUAAAGUGUCCCUCUCCAAAUAACCCAACCUUGCAUCUAUUUGAGGGUGCUUCUUCAGUAACACUGGUCCAGGGAGAAGCUGGAUCCAUUUUUUUUGCUUUGCCAAGUCAAAUGUCCUUAGAUCCCAAAGUUUCCAUUAGUGGAUCCUUAUCUUGAGGCUAAGCAACUCCAGUACAGAUUCAUCAUAAAAGGGCCAAUACGAGCCCAUUUCUUCACCUCUGUAAUCUCAUAUAGAAACGCCAAAGAAAGCAGCUCUUACCCGGAUAUCUUCCUUUCUGGGUUAUAUUGAGCAGCAUCACUCUUUCCUGCCGGUUGUUUCAUCUUUCAGCCGACAGCACUGUAUGCAAACACUUUCACCCUCUUCUGCUCCUAUUUACAAGCUGCCUGUGAACACUGAAGGGUAAGCUUUGUGGACCAAGAAGAAAUCCUAUUGGCUUGUGUAAGAGGGAGUGGUGAUAAGAAGAGAGGGGAAGAGGAGGACAGUAGUGAAGGGUUUUUUUUUUCUGAAUGGCAUGUAGUUUCUUUGUUGUGCCGUGUGGGGGCAGAAAAAUCCUGCACAGCUAUCCUUGGACUGGGUAUCAGAGUGGCACAUGAGAGCUGCAGCAAUUUGCGCCAGCAGCACUAUUACAAGGGGAGAUAAAGAAGCAGGCUUAGUAAAAGGAGGGGGUGGGUCUUGCGAAGCAGCCCAAGCUCCUCUGCUGUUUACAGUUUCUCAGUGCAUCUAUGUAAGUCUUUGCAAUUUUGUAAUCUUUGGAUCUUGCUUGAAUUAUUAUUAUUUUUUUAGGGGUAGGCAUGGAAGAAUAGAUCACACCGUAGCACCAAAGGACCACAACCAAGAUUGUGACCCUAUUGUUCUGGAUAGUAUACAUGUGAUCGUAGUUUCUUUGUGGCCUUCAUGACAGCUUCUGUGAUUAGGCCUUUUAACUAAAAAUAUAGUUUAAAAAAAACCUUAUGUCAGCAUCACAGACUUUCAGUGUAUGCACACCUGAAAGCUUGUUUUUUAAUACCCAAAGCACAGCAUAAUGUAUAAAUACACAUUCAUACUAGAAUGUAGAUUUUGGCUGAAAGUUAGGAGAACCUUCUGAAUGGUAAUAGCCAUUCAGCAAUGGAACAGACUAACAAAGGUGGAGGUAACUAAGCAGAGACUGGAUAGUUAUCUGCCAGAGAUGCAGAUAUUGUAUUGACCAGUGGGGUGCCCUUCCAACCAGCAACAGCUGCCGGGGCUGUGAAAGCAGCUUCCUAGCAGCAGCAUUGCUGCUGCUUCUCAGAACAGGGCAGGGCAGUGGCAAGCUUGGGACUCUCUGUCCCAGUCAGCAGCAGUGCUGCCUCCGUUAGGAGGUUGUGUCCACCCUGCCAGCCACUUCAGCUUCCAACUCCUUGAUUCUGUGAAAGCAAAUUGAGCUUGAGGCUUCUGUUUUCAUUGUGACUGGUGUGUUUGAGUCUUUCAGCCUUUUGAAGUUAACAAGUGACUCCCCUGGCACAGUUCUGAAAUUUUCCUCACUGUGGUCCUUCCCAGGAUAUGGUGUCCUCAGGGAAGGCUUAUGGCUGGAGGCAGUGACAUCCUUUCUGUUGCUAUGCCAGAUUAUCACCUCACUCUGUUUCUCCAACCUUCAUCCUUUGUUGUUACCUUGGCUUCGUACAAGCACUGUACAACCUCAUUAUCCUUGCAGUAUGCUUCUGUAGAGGUAUACAACCACACUUUCUGUCACUGCCAAAUUCCUGAUAGCAGUAGAGUGUUCGGCUUUGAAUUCGAUCAGUGCUAUCUUUACACUUUGGGGUGAAGUCAUGCAUUAUAAUUUGCUUGGCUGUACUAGAUCAAACAGACCUGUUCCAUGCCAUCAAACAGACCUGUUCCAUGCCAUCACAGGUCCUUUUGGUUAUCCAGCUUUUCAGUUUAUCUCAUUUUUCAGUUUUUCUGCAUAAGGAAAAUGAUCAUAGAAUCAUAGACUUGGAAGGGACUCCUGAGGAAGGAUGAUCUAGUCCACCCCCCUGCAAUGCAGGACUAUGCAACUGUACUGUAGGGGAAUCAAACCUACAACCCUGGUGUUAUCAACACUAUGCUCUAACCAACUUAGCUAUACAGCAAAUCAUUGUCCUUGAGCAGAUGUGCAGAACCUUUGGCCCUCCAGAUGUUGCUGAACUACAACUCGCAUCAUCCCUGGCCAUGCUUGCUGAGGAUGAUGGGAAUUGUAGUUCAGCAAUAUCUGGAGAGCCAAAGAUUCCUCACACCUAGGGUUACCAUAUUUCAAAAAGCGAAAAUCCGGGCACAAAAGUUGAGCAACAUUCAAAAUGCCAGCAUUAAAAAAAAGUUGACUCUCCAUUCAGAUUUUGCCCCUUCUCUUCAUUUUCAUUUUCUGUGUGUGCUGAUGGAAUUAUUAUUGGCUGUUUAUUGUGUGGAUGAUCUUGCUAAGGUGUUAGCAAGUGUUGUUCCUGUGGAGGAAGCAAAUGUGUUUGAGAGAGAGAGGGAGGGAAGAAGAGGGAGAAUGAUAGAAUUCUCAAGGGCAGAUGCAUAGAUUUCAGAAGCCAAAUCAAACUCCCUACAACCAUUGUCUUUUUUUAGUCUGCGCUGUAUGCCAGUAUCUACAUAAUUGGUGAGGCACAGGUUAUUGAUUUUCCUCCCUUCCUCCCUAUUUACAUAUUUGACAUUUGUUGAGGCUUUUAUACUUUUGGUCUUGAUAUACUUGACCAUCUUGGAUUUUCAUCACUUCAUGGUCACCUCUGGCUGAACCAAUAGUGUGACCUCAACUUGCAUCCUUUGAACUGGAGGCUGCAUUGGUGCCAUCAGCCAUCAGGUGAGACUGUUGGGCUGGAGAGAGGUCCAACUGCAAUAAGUGAUCUCUGAUCAAAGCAGAGGCAGAGGUGACUGAGAUUUGUCCAGUAAUUCCAACUCUGUAGAAACACAGUUUGCUCUCCUCAAUGGACAGAGGGCAAGAGAGAGGCUGCAUGCCAUUGACUUACCCUUUGCCCCUAAACAGAUGCUUAAAGUUGACCAGGCAUGUCUGUAGAGUAAUUGCUGGGGCAGAGAGAGCAGCAGCUGGAGGGCAAUUUCCUGGGAGAACCAGGCUGCUUUAUUUGAGGAAAGUGAAAAUCAAAGCAGAAUAAUUGCUUUCCAUUAGUACAGCAAAUGACUAAUUUGGCUGCAGCAGCUGCAGGACGUAGUGGGUGCUUAACCCUCUAUUUUACAAGUUGCAAGGGAGAUGUUUUGGGGAAAAUAUUUGCCAGAUGCUUCCCUAUGUAAAGUUGCUUGCAUGUUUUUGUGCAGCUGCUUUUAAAUGUGCAAUCAGAGAUCCCUACUACAUAUCUUAAGUGACCCCUUAUUGCUGAGUGCCCCUGUCUCCCCUCCUCCUAGCUUAUUCCUCUGUCUCUUCCAGAGUGGCCAUGUGUUCUGUUUACAGAGGAUAGCCUCUGUUUGAAGUCAUCCUCCAUUUAAAGGGCUCUCAAUUCAAAGUCCAAUUUAAAGAUAAAGAACCAUGAAAGAGGAGAGCAGGAGAGGCCUUGAUGUUGCCCACCAGCAGUUAGCAUGUAGACAGCAGACUGAGCAGGCACACAAGUCCUUCUCCUCUCCAUUAUGGUAAGAUUAGGUGUAUUAUACUGGCACCCCCCAACUUACGUGUGUUCUACUUGUGUGUGACUGUGUAUAUGUGCAGCACAAGAAAGUAAUUAAGUCAUUCAAUUCAUACCCAGAAGUGGCAGGAGAGAGCUGGAGAGUCCUCUCAGCUCGUGAGGAAGCCCCAAAGAGACCAGAGGCACAGCAGGGCUCAGCUUCCCCACUUAACAGCUGGUGUGUGGGGUAGUGCAGCAGCAGCAGCAGCUUUUCCAUGCAUCCUCUAGUCUCCUGCCAGCCCCAGAGCUUCAGUUCUUUGGAAUACGUGCAGUAUUUUUGGUAUGAAUUAAAGAGAAAGCAUUUAAAGGAUUUUUAGAUGGUGCUUCCCUCUUUACACAAUUUCACUUACGAGUGCAGGGGCCUGGGAGAUAACCCCUGCAUAAGUAGGAAGCUCUGUAUGUCUGUUUAAAUUUUAGUAACUAUUUCUGAUGUUAAUAAUAAUAAUAAUAUAUAUGUAUGUAUAUGUUGCAGCUUUACAUAUAAAUUAGUACAUGUGAUUUUUAUGCAAGUCUUUUUCUUUGAAACAUUAAUCUUUUGAAACCUGCCUCUUACUUGUAAUGCAAGAUUGGCUUUCUUUUGGUGAAGCUGGGACCAUGCUUUUUAAAAAAAAAAUACUUUAAAUUCAUUUUCAAAUAUAGGGAUGCACUUACACGUAUUCAUUUUUCUCUGUAGCAAUAAUUAAGAUAUCCUACAUUUAAACUGAUGGAAAAAUGACAUACCUUCCUCCCCCCAACAGAAAACUAACAAAAAUUUAUGUGUGUGAGCCAAAAAAUGAAAGAUGUAGCAUCUAAUUCAUGUGAAGUAAGAACCCUGAGGAAACAGUGCAUUCAUUUACAACCACUACAUAUGCUAAAGGGACCAUGUUUUAAAGGUCUAAAUAGUUCUAAAUGCAUGUGGUUGGGAACCAACACUCUUCUUUUAAGUGAUAUGCAUCAAUUUUAAGUGAUCUGCAUAAAGUUGGUAUGGCAAGUGCAUGGUAAAUUGACUGCAUCCAAUCAAGUGCCCUAAACUUAUUCCUAAUUGCCAAGUGAGUUGAAUGCUUCUAAUGCAAAGAUGUUGGGUUAAUCAAAGACCUUUGAGUGCACUACUCUAGCUUGUAUAUGGGGUUGCCAUUUAAUGGCCAGUGUUUUUCCACUCUCAGCAAGAUUCAGUAGCGACUGCUGCAUUUUUAUAAGUUAAGUUCAGGGUGUGUGAGAUAAUUGCCUUUUCAUUGUUAAAGAAGGAGAUAUUUUCUCGGUAACUUUCCAUGGUGACAUUACUAUUGGCUGUUAGACAUGCCUUGAGCUGUGCUCCUGACAAAUUACUGAACGACAGUGUUUCUCAGGGCUCCGAUUUAGGCCUGAUGUAGUCUGCAUUUGAAAUCUGUAAGAACUAUGUUACUUUAGCUUUUGUUUUGCAACCCAAAAUGUAAUGACCUUGAGCUGUCUUGCUCAUCUUUGCCAUUGGAACAAUAGGACUGUACUGACACAUCUCUUAAAGGUGACAAGUUUUCUUGAAGGUCAAGGUCUGAAAAGGGAAAGGAAGUGAACUUUGCAGCCAGGAGAGAUGCCUUCUUAGGAGUUAAUGGUGCAGGCUUCUUCGUCAUUUCUGCAAUCCCAUCCAAUAGAAAUUAGGCUGGCACUCUGUCACUUCUACAAAACUACCUUUUCCCUCUUAACUUCAGAGUUGUGCCUAAUCCCACUGAUCAUAUGACUCAAGCAGUAUAUUAAGGCAGUGUACUCUUAUUCCAGUGUACUCUUAUUCUUAUUUCCUUUCUGGAAAACCUUCAGAAGGGCCACAUGCCAGUGAUGGGUAGGGAUGGGGCAAAAAUGGACAGAGCAAUGAAUGUGUUUGUGCCCUUUGAACAGUAGGCUACUUUCUACAGACAUACACAACCCUCUCUGUCCUCCAUCCAGACAGGUUAAAAGGCAUUAUCAGAGUACAAGGACACAUUCCAGCCAGGCAAAACACUCUGAGUGAGGGGGUAGCCUGGGGAGAAUUAUUGAGGACAGAGAGAGCAGCCUAGACUAGGGCUGUGCUUGACCCUUAGACCUGAGAUUCCCUGCCUCUGUGCUAUGCCAUUGGUCUUCAACUCAUGAGCCACAACUGGGUCUGAUAGAAGGUGGAUCACGCCAAUGGUAACUACUGUAAGAGACAGGCUGCAAAUGGAUUUUAAAAGGGGGUUCCCCAUUCUUCAGGUUGAAAUGAAAGGCCUCUCCUGGAUCUGAAAAAGGAAAGGCUACUCUGGACAGACGACCCUUUCAUGAAAAUGUUGAAUGAAAGAGAGUGAUACAGUAACUUAGGGCUGCCAUACAUCUGGAUUUUCCCAGACAUUACUGGGAUUUCAAAGGUGGAAUUGAUGUCUGAAAGGAGGCGCUUUGUCCUGGAUCUUAGGCAAGUCAAUCGAAACAAAAAACAACUCAUCAACUUUUGGGGUGUCCUGGUUUUUACUUUUUGAAAUAUGGCAAUCCUAACAUAAUUUCCAUAGACAGGGACUAAAACAGGAGUGUGCCAUGACAGAACAGAUGAGAGAAGAGGAUGCUGCUGAAUCUUGGGCGCCAGAAAGGGAGGGAUUUUCAGCCCUGCAGGAAUAUGAGCCUUUGGAUUUGACAAAUGAACUUGGAAAAAACCAGAUUUGGAAAGAUAAAGUUUGGUUUGGUUUGGAAAUGGGGGGUUGGACUGACCCCCCCCAUGCAGGGAUGUUUGGACUUUCCGAGUCUGGCAAUGGGCCGUCAGAUGUUUGGAGCUGUGGGGGCUCUCAAUUUUGGAGGGAAUCUGAAACAUGUCUUCAAAUACCACAUGGAGUUUAGUCUGGACUAUGGAAAAGGGGCUGAUUUGUUGAAAAGGGUCAAAAACAUUACCAAGCUGGAGUUCCCACGAGUGAAAGGAAAAUAUGAAGAAGAGCUGCGGAAGGGACAUGGAAGAGACUUGAGGGCCUCGGAUAUAAGAUCACCAGGUUAAUGUGCUAGAUCAAUGGGAUAAAAAGGACUGACAAAACCCGGGACCAGGAGGAAGGGACGCUGGAUGAAGAUUGGGUUGUUCUUAUUUCAUUUUUUACCAUUAGGAUUGUUUUAUAAAAUUGAUGAAUGUUAGAAAAAUGUUGAAAUGAAAUUACUUGGCUCUUGUAAAAAUGUUUAAAGAAUUAGGUAAGAAUGUUAUGGUUAUGAGAAGUUGGUAAAAAUAAGAUUUAAGUUUUAAGCUUUAAGGUUUUCUAUACGAUAAGAUGAAAAUAGAUUAAGGUAAUGUAACGACAGAAUACUAUGAAUUAUGGAAAGGAUUUGCUGCGAAAAUUAUUAAUUAGGAUACAAGAAAAGGGAGGAGGAGGAGGUCAAAGAAAGAAGGUAAUGAAAGUGGAGAAUUUGAGAAUCAUGGUUUUAUUUGUUUUAUUUUUAUUUUUCUGUUUUGUCUUUUUCUUGUAAUUUUUAAAAAAAUUACAAUAAAUAACAUUUUUUUAAAAAAAUAAUUUCCAUAGACAGGGUUAGCUCAAAUUACCUAAUGUUUAAUUUAAAAACAACAACAACACAGCCUUUCUGUAAUUUAAAUAGUCUUCUGGUGAUAUAGUGUUUUUCUUCCUGAAAACCUUGUAAAUAUAUGUAAAAUUAAUCUCUGCCCCCACUUGCAAUCCUUUUCCUCUAAGCAAAUAUUAAGUGUUCUGUUUUUCCUUUGUCCAUGUCUUUCUUGAAUUGUGAUUCCAGAGUGUAUGCGUAUGCCCUGAAGUGAGCUGUAAAUGAAUUGAUUUCUCCUCUCUGAUCUUGAAGUGGUGUAUUUUCCAGGGAAGGGAAGUGAAAGUGUUGUUGAGACCCAGUGUCAAACAUACUUCUCCACAAAAUGGAUGAUGCAAAGCAGCAAAACUUUUACAAGAACUGAGCUGUCCGUAAUCCUUUAUCUAUAUAUCCAAAAGUAUGUGAAGUCAGACCUGGUUAGGCCCAUGAACUUUACAUUCUCCAUAUAGUUGAUGAAGUAGGCUUGAAUGUUGAGGUCAUUGAGCUAAAAUCGUCAUCUGAGAUGAUGCGGAUUUAAGCAUUUAUUUUAUUAAAGAAAUUGAACAAAAAUAUCCAGGUCUCUCUGAGAGCAAGUGAGGAUUCACGUGAUUGAAUUUUCCUUUGUUCAUGAAAAAAAAUAUCCCUUCACCUAGAAAACUAGCAUGUCAGGAAGAAGGCCUCUGGUCUGGUCUUCUCUCUGGCAUGCUCAUUUUCUAUGUGUAGGGGAGCAUCCCACCAUGCGAGCCUCCAAAUGCACUGUGAACUGGUACAAGUGAGACACAUGUUUACCACUUCAGUGAGAGCUAGGUCACUGCUAUGUGGCAGGCUGAGCAGGAAGAGUAAUUCAAUUAAUAUCAAAUUAGUUUUAGCCAUCAGGAAGUGAUCUGUGGGUUGUAAUUCCAUUAGGCCUAACAUGCUUAAAUUGGACUUUCCUCUCACAAUUUUUUUCAAGCUAUGCAAAGCUUUUCAGUCUCAGCAGCUGGAGAAGACAACACAAAACCCAUUAGCAAAAUACAACAUGACCAUUAAAGCAUCUGAUGUUUUCUGGAACGAUAUAAGAUUCCUCAGUAGAAAUAGUCAAAAUUCAACACAAAACAUUGGGUUAGCUCAACCAUCCAUUUCUUUGAGGUCUUUGCAGUUGCCUGUGUCUGGAUUUGCACUUUGGUAUUGUAUCAUACAUGUACAUGGCAGUAGACAUGCCACAUACAGUCUUUUACAGGACCACUUUGUUUUUGCUGAUUUCCCUAUAACAAAUGCAAGUCCUGAACACACUCCUAGAGAAGGUCACCUGAAGCCCCUUUCUCCAUGGCAUGUGCACCCUCCUUUCCAGGUGAGCAACCUCUCCAUCUCUCAGCAGAGUCCUCAGGACAGUUAUGGCACCAGUGUGUGCCCCACAGGUUGAAUGAAGCAGGAGGCCUGUCUCUUGAAACAGGUCAGUUCAAAGUGCUCUGGCUGCUCUCCCUGGUAUUGGUAAGAGAUUUGCGUAUGUCUUCAAAUGAGUGGUGUUUUGGCAGCACCCUGACUGUGUGUUAAUUCCUUUCUCGGCAAGAGAACGGCCUUCCUCAUUUUAUGAGUAGGAAAGCUAAUAGUGCUCUAAAGCAAUUCGGUCCCUUCUUCUCUACACCCAAGGGCUGCAUUGCUGAGCAGUCUGGAUCAUUCUGCCCUCGACAAACCACUCACAAAGGCCCUUUCUGAAUGUUGACUUAGCCUUCCUUGGAGGAAAGGGGUGCCAGACAGCAGUAGUCCCCACUGGCAGCUUUGCACAGCCAUAAAGUUAAGUGUACAGUAGAAACAAAUGCAUGUUCCUUGGAAAUGCACUGGCUGCAUCCCAGGAAGCAGGCUUACUGCUUCUUACAAGGAUGGAAAGUUCUGCUUUGUAUCUGUAACCAAUCCCUGUAUUCUGAUGUGGUCCAACAGUGACCCACAGAGCAGGCUGGGCAACCAGCAGCCCCAGGUCCACAUAGGAUAAGGAGGGAAGAAAAUGGGGGAAGAGGGAGAUGUGGAUAAAGAGAAAGCGAGACAAGGGAGUAGCAGUGAGAGAGACAAGAGUGUGAACCACUCCAAAAGUACAUCAGCACAGUGUCCCGUAAACCCCUGUUUCAAAUCAGUGGUCUUCAGGAAAUGAUGUGGCUUUAAUUCUGCUAUUUGGUAUGUUGAGGGUAGGAAGGGCCCAGUGUGUUUCUCUGUACAGUGCUAGUGCAGUUCAUGCUUUCAAAUUAUCACAAUAGCUCCAAGAGUUUAUACUGGAUUACCAGGAAGCACUGCCCAUUCUGCUUCUGGCUGCCAUGUGCUUAGCACUGAACUGUACAUAUUCACUAAAUAUGGAGGGCAGGAGAAAGGCAGGGCCAGUACUGUUGCUGCAUAUCUGAAAUCUGGGCAUUGAGUGGGACACCAGAAAAGGGUACUGUACAAUUGUAUGCAAAUAGACAAUUGAGAUGACAAGGAUCCCUGCAUGGUUGAGGUGUCCUCACAUAAAAUGCCUUUCCAUGUACAGGCAUAGGUGUGCCUUUGCAGAAUCCCACUCAAUGUGCAAGUGUCAGAGGUAUAGCAACAUCGGGGGCAGGGCUAGGAGAACACAGCCCCAUCUCCCUUUAUGUGUAUGCAUGGAGGCACACGUGAGGAGGGCAAUUGUGCCUUCUGAUUUUAAUCUUUUGAGAUUCCACUUUAUGUUCUCACAUUUCACUCUUAUGAGGUUGGUAGCUGUUGUAAUAGUUCUGUGCAGGGCUGCAUAAUACUUCCCAUAAAUUUCAUCUCUUCAGUUCUUUGUACUAUUGGCCUGCUUGUCUUGUUGUGACUGCUUCAUUUGCUGAUUGUGGGAGCUACAAGUAAUGAGACAUAUCUUCUAAUGCUUUGUAAUGAACAAAGGUUGGCUUUCAGUUAGGGAACGUGAAAAAUUGAGCUUUUUAACAAGUAAUUUUUAUUAAAUUCUUAUUGUAAGCAUACAAAUCUAUAAUAACAAGAAGACCAACAAAGAACAAAAAAAGCUAAUAACAAGAAAUUAAUCUUUGUGAGUGUGUGUGUGUGUGUGUGUGUGUUUAUGUAAAAAACUGGCAGAAACAUAACUCCUGUUGCAAAUGAUAUGUUCCAUCAUGAACAUAUCAUUUCGUGUACCAUCAUGAAAUUUGAGGGUUUAAGUAUUCUGUAAGACUUCUUAAUCUAGCUAUUGUGUUCACCUGUUAAGACAGUUCUUACAUAUUUAAUCUUCUUUGAAUGGAAAGAGUAGGAGGAAGUAAUUAAAAGUUCUGAAUGGUCAUUUUGAUAAAAGAUUAUAUUAUUAAGCUGCAAUUCUACAUGUAUUUGGUAAGUGGUAAGUCAAAAUGGCUGCAAGAAUGUAGCAGAAAUCGCAACUAAUUAGUGAGAAAUAAUACAUCACAGCUGGUCCAGUGUAAGUAAGGUGUCAUAGUCAUUACUUUAAAUUCAUAAUUAGUAGUCAGUGUAGAUAAGAGCUUUCUUGAAUCAUUACAGCAACUGGACUCUCAACAUGAUCAGGUGUUUAUGGCAACAAGAUGACAACAAAUGUGGUGAGGGAGGUUAUUCUUUCGUUUGUUUUUUUAAAAAAUUGUGUGUUUUUAUGCUGUAAAGCAUCCUGUGAUCCUAUGAUGAAGGGCGGUGUAUGAAUUAAAUAAAUAAAUAAAAAUCCUUUUUCAGACUGAGGGUUGGUUUUUUUAAUGGUGGAAUUCAUAAAGUAUAACUUUAAAUGCCUGAGAAUUUGUUUUUAAUUAUUUUGCUCCUUCAGGACAGCCGCUUUCUUUCCUCUCACAUGUGCUUGUUUAUAAACAGACAACCUGGCAUCAGCAUGAAAAUAAAUAUACAUAAUUUGGUAUUUACUGGUUGUCCUAAUCAUAUCCCUCAUAACAGAGAAAGUAGGAGGAAUUCAACAUAGUGAUAAGGAGAUCAUUCCAUCAGUGCAAGCAGUUCUGCUUUUCUGGUAGAACAAUCUCCCCUCCACCCCCUGUUAUGGGGGUUCUUCUGACCCCCCCCCCAGCCAAUUUGGGGGUGCAUGCUGGGAAGAGGACCAGCCUUUGCUCAGGCUUCCACUAGUAGGACCUGUUUGUUGAACCCGACCCAACAAAUGGCUGAAAGAGGUGCUUAAAAUGUAUGGAGGUACUGCUUCCUAGUCAAGACAAUUCAUGGUGACAUUUCCUCCCCCCGCCUGCACCAUUCUUGUUCUUCCAGGCUGCAGCAUAUAGCAAAUGCAGUAUGUCAGUCAAUCUAGUUGCUAAACAGCUGCCUCUUGCUCUUGAGUUGAAUAUCAAUCAAAUGAAGAAUGCAAUUUCUGCUGUUCAAGAUCUAUUUAAUUUGCCAGGAUGUUGUUGCUUUUUGGAGACAUUUGCCCUCUGAUUGUGUGCAACUUGUACACCAAGGUGGCUGGAAAAUUUGGUGAUCGUUAAGCUGUGCUACGUGUCUAUACAAAAGCCAUUGGUUUCUGAGGGACCAGCCUCUGGAAUUAAGCAGUCCCCAUUUUAUGAAGCCUCAUCAACCUAGAAAAUAACGCAUACGAUCUUAAGUCAGGUGGACCUGUCAAGAUGUCCUACACUUUGAGACCACCAACUCUGUCCAAGAGGGAGUUCCAGAUGUCUUUAUAAAGCAACCUGACCCUUAGGAGACACCAUAUGGGCCCAUUCUCUGACUUCCUGCCUUUUCCUCUCCCAUUGCCAUUGGGUCUGCACCAUCCAUUGCUGUGCUAGGCCACCAGUGAGCAAUGGGAGCAGCCUGUGAUGGCCUCAGGGCAGGAGGUCUAACAACAAUAUUAAUGAAGCAAUAUUGCUCUAAAGACCAGAGAGUGUGUCCUUUACUCCCAGAGGUGCCAGUUCUCAUGAACACAAACAUGGCCAUGUCACACAGCGAUUGCUGAGAGCAGCGAGGUGUGCUGCCACUCCAAGACAAGGCCUUCAUAAAGCAUGUCUGUCUGUCUUUCCAGGGCUGAGCGGGCAACAGCUGUGCUGCUGGCAGAUCCUUGUUUCCAGCUCCGUUCUAUUCAGUACUUGUUGGGGAACACGGAGCCUCUAGUCCUGGGGAUGGCAUCAGCUUCUGCUGACAAGAAACAUUUCUCCCUGCAGAGCUGUAAGUAUCUCCUCUGAUUUGCUGUGCUUAACAUACGCCAUGAGUCGCUUGUUCCUGCAUGGCUCCUUGUUGCCUGCCACUUUGCCAUUUGGGUAACUCCUAGGUGCCUUUUGUAGAAAAGGUGGCCGCUGAGAUCUCCGCUACAGAGCCUGUAAACAGCUGUCUUGUCCUUGCUACCUUGUUGUGUGUCUCCUCCCUCCUUGCCUGUCCCUGCUCUUCCCAGAUGCUUUGUGUAUUUGAGGCCACCAAAUAUAUUUGCCCUGUGGCAACAACAUGGGAAUAACUCCCCGUUUUCCUCUUGCUGUGCCUCCGCUCUCCAACAGCAACAGCAACAACUUUUCCAUCCUGUUUCCACAGGCAUAUGGUUGCUUACUCUGAGAAUAGGAUGCUGAAUUAGAUGAGCCCAUGGGCCUGAUCCAGCAGGGCCCUUCUUACGUUUCCUAAGAAGGAUCAGCUAAGAAUUCAGACAAAAGAAUAGGUUUAAAAAGGGGGGAAAGUGUAUAUACAUAUAUGUAAGCUCAUUAGCCUCUCUUCUAAGAAAUAUUCAAAGCUGCUUUUCCAUAAAGCCACAUGGAAAAAUAAAGCCACACUUUAAAAUGCAUCUGCUGUAAAAUAAGAACACAAUAAAACAAGAUAAGACACAACACAACACAAUAAAACAAGAUAAGUCACAAAUUGGGUGGUGUGAGCUGACUGUAGCUCCGUGCUUAGAGCAGGUGCAGUGUAUCCUUGAGGGGGUUUAGCAGAGCAAUGUGGACUUGUGGGAUGCCCAGUGGUAGGGCACAGGAUUUGCAUGCAAGGAGGUCCCGGGUUCCGCCUUCUUACAUUUCCAGGUAAAAGGAUCAGGUUAAAAAGGGAUGUGAAAUAGUUUUGCACAAGACCCCCUAGAGCUGCUGCCAGUUAAAAUAGUAAACUAUACAAGGCUGGAUUGACUCAAGGGCCUGCCUCAAUAGAAGGCAGAUUCCUGCAUCAGCAAUGCCAGCAACAGAGGCAGCGUAUUCUUCAGCUGCUCAGGUCUACUGUCCUGUGGCACAGCAGAGCAGCACAUGGCACUGCUCACGGUUCCCCGGAGGGACCCCCGGAGGGCUGUGUAGAGUACCCACACUGUGCAUCCACCCCACUGUGUGUGUGUGUUUUCAGAGAAGAAGAAGUUUGCAUCUUUUCUUAUUUUAUUUUCACUUAACUUUGCCCCACAGCCCAUUUUAAGGAUCCAAUCCUAUUUGCUGGGUAGGAUGGCAGCAAAAAAAUUUUCUAUAGCGGAAAAAUACGUACUGUUAUGUAUGCAUUUGCAUACCAAACUGCCAUGUGCCAUCUCUUAAAAGAAAUGUGUGUCCAGUCAGAGAGAGAGAGAGAGAGAGAGAACCAAGCUCCUGUCCUUGGCUCUGCCCAUGCCCUUGAAGUUUGCUGAGAUAGAGGAAAGCAAUUGGAGCGCUGAGAUGGAGGAAACCGUGAUCCCUAAGGAAUAGUGCAGGCUUUAUUUACACAACCUCUAGAAACUGUUAGUUCCAUGGAGAUCUUGAGCUGAUGACGAAAUAAGGCAUUAUGUGAUUGGGGUAGUGGUGCAGAGCUGCUGAAGUGAUUGAGAACUGUGGAAGAUUACUGCAGCAGGCAGCAAAUCUUUCUCUUUCUUUUAACCUCUGCUGAAUUGUGGCCAUUGUGAUUUAUCUCACUCUCUGACUGAAGGCCUCCUUGCCUCAGGCUUGCGCGGGGGGGGGGGGGAGGCAUUUCCAGUUUUUGUUCUCCAGCUGCGAAUGCAUGCAAACCAGGGCCAGCCCUACCAUUAGGCAGAGUGAGGGAGAUACUGUGGGAUAGGGAGCAACAGCAAAGUGCUAAAGGGCAGAGCCGUUAUGUGCAGGGCCCGCUCAAGAUAAUUUGCUGCCUGAGGCAAAUGACUAGGUGAUAGCCUCUCCCCUCCCUCACCAUUCCAUGCACAGAAGUUGACUGGACUGCACGCUGCAUCAGCACUUGUGAUGGGAUAGCAUAUUUCAGCACCUGAGGGCAGCAAGCUAACUUAGGAAGGUGCAAGACAGGCCACAUGGCACACACAGCUCUGUCCUCCCAAGGUGGGGAGCUGCCUAAAGGACACUGGAGGACUGGCCUGGGGAUGUUGCUUCUCCAGUAUCUGCUGCCUAAGGCGGCUGUUGCGCUCUGCCUAAUAAUAGGACUGGCCCUGUGUGUUUGCCAUGCAAUCUGCCCUAUGCCCAAUGUGCUAGGCUGCUGUCCUUGGGUGCAGUGGAGGACCCCGUCCCAUUGUUACUGUUGAACUAAGAUUCAGUUGCCAGUCUGGUUGGCUUUUAUACAUGGCAUGGGAAGGAGGGUGCCAUCUUGUCCUUCAGACCUCAGGCAACAAAACAUCUUAGUCCAGCCUUGAUAAAAAGCAAUACACUUCCAGGUUUUUACAGAACUGAGGCAUCUUAGAGAGGCCAUUUAGCCAAUAUGAUAAACUGUAUCUUAGCUCAAGUAUGAUCUCUGGUUUCUUCCCUUGUGAAUCUCUGCUGAGCCCAGGAAAGCUACAUCCAAGAGAAAUGGAAGGGGGUAAUGACAAUUAAUCUACCAUGUCCAAAUAUGCUCAUUGUUGAGUGCUUGGAAAAAAUUUGAAGCAGUACUAUGGAAAGUUGAUGAUGAUCCUCUGCUGGCAAAAAAAAAGGAAAGUAAUAUUAGAAAGUGCUCUGGGUUUACUGUUAACUGGGAAUCCUAACGCUCAGGGGAUGCCUCACAUGGAACAAGGCUGUUCCUUGGGGUGGUUGCUGCUGUAUUAGAGUCUACAGGGAAUAUAACCACUGUCCUUUCCUUCCCGCUAAUGUCAUUAUUAAGUGGGACUUCCCUGCCUGCCAACUGCAGGUUCCCUUUUCCUGCUGAUAGAGUGAAAACGUGUGCUAGAGGGAAGGCAGUAGCCUGCAGAGGACACCACAGGCAGAUUCUCUUUUGUUUUCCGCAAUGCACUGUGCAUUAUAUCUUAAAGAGGCACUGUUAAUUGUUUCCCAGAAUGGAGCAUGCUGAGUCCCCUGCCCCUUCCCCGUCAGUCUAGCAUUACCUACUGUUGCACCCUCUUGCCUCGCUCUGAAUUCCCUUACCCUACAGCAAAGUGCUUGUGUUCCCAUCCUGUUUCUGGGCUGUGGAGGGACUGUUCCCGCCCCACCCAUCAGAGAGUGUCUGUCUAAAAGUCUGAUUCCAAAAAUGCAUGUACUUGUGUAUCUGCCAGCAGCACCACCUAUGCUGUUACUGAGCUGGCCCAGCGGCUGAUAUUCUCUGCCAUAGGCAGUCUUUGCAAAUAUUAGAUCCGCUUCUGAAGGUUGCUUCAUAGACUCGGGUGUAUGGGCAUGGCCAAAGUUGCCCUGUGCCUUCUCUGCCAACCAUUUUUUCCUGCUCAACCCAGUAAGGAAAACUAUGCUAGUUCUCGCAGGCACUUUGCUGUGUCAAAUCCCAGAGGCCUAAGCAAUCCAAAGAGGCAGAGGUCAGAGGCAGUAAUGCUUCUGAAUACCAGUUGCUGGAAACUGCAGGAGGGGGAGGUGCGCUUGUGUUCAGAUCCUGUUUGUGGGUUUCUCACAUCUGGACUACAUGGGCCAUCGGCCUGAUCCGGCAGAGCUCUUCUUAUAAACACGUGCUUAUCAGAAAUGUGAGGGGUGGAGAGAGAGGCGGAGGGGUGUGUGUGUGUGUGUGUGUGUGUGUGUGUGCCGGAGCAUGCAUGCUUCAGAAGAUCUUUCUCACAUAUUACAGCUGGAGCCCUUAAUGGCACUGACAGUAAUGUUGCUUAACCUUUGUAGGAUCACUCCUGUGUUCCUCCUCAUGAGUUGCUCAGAUAGGAAGCCUUUAAUGCCUUGUGACAACUGAAGAGUUUACACCCCUUUCAUGGAUACCUUGCCACUCCGGAUGCAAUAUUUAACAUCCAUUUCCUUGGCAUCGUCUGGAGGACUUGGUCAUCUUUGAUCGCAUGGUCUAUGGGGUUCUGAAAGCUUGCAUAUUUUAAAACAUAGAUCAGUAUUUCUCUUCAGCACUCUAAAUCUCUGGGUUGUCUAAUUGUAGCAAGAGUUGUGGCCACAAUAUGCCCAGGGAAGCUAUACCUGCAUAAUGCUUUCCAUGCAUGCUGUCAUGUGGUGGCUUUUGAGAACUCUACCCUUGUCCCUGUCCCAUAGAUCACUACUGCGCAAAGCCGUUUUCCUCUGUCCUGUGAUAACACUGACAACAAGGUGCCUCACCUCUUUGCGCCUCACUUGGUUAACAGAUCAGCUCAUGCUGGGCUCUGCCACCAUGUGGCCAAACACCUCCAUCGCAGCUUCAUUUCAAUCCCUCCCAACCAGUCAUUGGUGGGAUGGGGCUGAAAAAAGAAAUUCGGGGCAAGGCCCCCCACACCCCCUGCUCUGCAUAGUGAUAGUAGAACCUGUGCCCCCACCCCCUGCUGCCACUUGUCCUUCCUUUAUCAUUAAUCUCUCUCUUUUUCUGCAGACACUGAUUACAUCAGCCAGGAAGAGCUGGCCAAGGUGGAGCAAAUGCUGGGCCACCUCAGUGAAGAGUCCAAGCAGGCUGCAGCCUCCACCUUGGUAAGCUUCCACCUAAUGAACUGAAUGUGUGUGGCCACUUGCCCAAGGCACCCUCCAUAGCACCACCCCUCGCAGGACCUCAACCGAGGCAAAAUAUCAAGCACCGGCCCUUGCUGCAUUGCCUGAGGGAAGCGAAGGCGCAGCAUUCACAGGGUCCUGCAGAUACAAGGGCCACUAUUGACCUUGCUUGGCAACACUGGGUGUCUCUGUUUCUUGGGUACCUGGUUUGGCUUGGACAUGUUAAGACUAUAUGGGGUAAGUGUCCAAGUUCCAUGGCAAAGGUUGAUGCUGACCUCUAAUGCUGUAGGGCAGCAAUAGCCAAUGUGGUGCUCUCCAGCUGCUGCUGGACUCCAGCUCCCAUUAUUGCUGACCAUCGGGAGUCCAACAAUAUAUUGGCAUCACCCUCAUAACCACCCCUGCUUUAGGCCUAGUUCUGAGCCAUCUGUAAGGACUGUGUUUUCCUGUGGAAGCAGGAUCUGAGAGUGGGCACAGGUAGAUGCGUAGCAUACAUAUGCACAGCACACUUACUAAGCUAAUAAUAUCCUCAACUUCAUUAAGCAGGGGUGGUUAUUCUUUUUUUCGGCUGAGGGUCACAUUCAUCCUUGGCCCAUGCUCGGAGGUUUAUAUGCCAGUUGUGGGGGUGCCCACCCUAACCGCUUUCAUGCACACAUACAUGACACACUCAAGAGCCGCACAGCCCCCCCUUCUCAGCUGAUCCAUGCUGAUCAACCGAAGAAAUUGGGUUAUUAUCCCCUUUCUGCUCAUCAAAUGAUCUGCCUGAUGACUAGGAAGGGGGAACAUCGAAGGUUCUGAAGCCCACCUACCUCAUACCGCGUGUAUUUCACUAUUUCCCUCCUUUUUCUGGCACUGCCAAAAUUGGUGGUGGGGAGUCAGACAAAAACUGACUGAGGGGUCAGAUCAGCCCCAUAAACCAGGGUUUAGCCAGCCCAGCAGUAGUACAACAUAGAAUGAAUAUGAGAGUCAAAAUUCCUGUGCUAUGUGCUCACUUUACAAGGUCACCAAGUACAGCACUUACUUAUGACCACUGAAAUAUGCUUCUUCUGUGUGUUCUUCACCAUCUGUAAUCUGCAAACACCCAGCGGCCAAGCAGAUAUCCCAGUGGGAAGGAGUUCCACUGUCUUCAGGGAAGUGAGGCCUGAGAGCUCCAUUCUCCCUCCCCUCCCUCACCCAACCCAAAUCUUUGCCCAAACAAUUCCAAUUUCUUUUGAAAUUCUGAACCUUGGAAGCAGAAUAAGCUGUUCAAGAUGAAUUUGCGAAAUUGAAGGCACAGAACUGGGUUUCUUUGUUGAAAAAAAAUUGGACUGGAUGGGCACGGAGGGAGUAGGAGCUUAAGCAGCACAGAAGCUACCCAGAUGGACUCCGGCUGCUGAAGCAGCCCCCGCGUGUGUUGCUCUGUCUGGGUGACCUCCAGAGAGAAGCUGUGAUCCAGGAAGCAACCUGAUCUCUGCCAGGGGUAGGAUCUGAAUUAUUAAUGUGGCUGCUCAUCUUCCAGCUGCAGUUUGGAGCUGCAUGAAGGCUGCUGCAGGAGGACGGGGUGGGGGUGGGAGAGAGAGCUGAUGGGAUGGGAACACACUGUCCCUGGGUUCAGUAGGAACUCAUGCUCUUAGCCUAGGCCAACCCCGGGGCAGGAAGCAAGCCUUCAUUAAGAAUCUCAAGCUAAGCUGAACUCUGUGCAUUCUUUGCACAGGGAGAUGAGUGCAGAGAAGUUGACUAGCCCCGUAUAUUCUUUGCUACUGCUUCCGCUGCUGAGAUUAUUAGCUCUCCCAAAAUUAUAUUGAAAGAUAGCAGGAUAUGUAUAGGUGCACUUAACGGUGGUCUUUACAGGCAGAGCUCAUGGUCCCUGCUCCAAGGGGGAGAUUCAUAAGAGAUACAUUUAUAUAGUUAUCUUUUCAAAACUUUUUUAAAAUCUCACUUUCUCCCCCUAGUGGCAGUAGUCUGCUUACUGGGAUUCCCUCUCCUCUUGGACAGACAAGGCCCUCCCUUCCAUUAUGACAUCAUCCGGGAGAAGGAGUCCUCAUAAUACCCAAAGGAGUGCAGUCCCCAGUGAAAGACGUUACAUUUAAAAGAAGAGGAAAUAAAAUUAAUAGCUUACUUUUUAAAAACACCCUUCCCCUGAUUACAGAUCAUAGUUGGCAAGGAAACAUGGGCUUCACUCCACAAGCCAGGGCUUUUCACAUCCCAGUGACAGUGGGAGAGAGGUUCAUUCACUAAUGUUCCUAUAGCAUUUUGCACCAAGAGCAAGACAGACCUAUCACACUCCCCCUCUAGACAUCCAGGGCCUAAUCAGGCCAUGAGGAGGAGCAAUCAAAGUGAGGACACUGCCCUGUGAAGAACAGGACACAGGAGGCUAGAAUUCCUGUUUUCUCCUCUUUCCUUGGCCAUGGAGGUAGAGGUAGCCCUCCAGUUCAUUUAGCUCUCCUGAGAGAGUAGAGCCCUCAUAGCUGAUAGUGGAAUCUUCCUGGAACCAUUUCCCCUCCUACCUCACUGGCAACAAUCUUAAGAGAGUUGCCGCAUGGAGCAAAGCAACACAAGUGGUUCUGAUCUAAGAUUUGCAGCAUGUAUCUUAAGUAAGCCCUGGCAUGAAGUGUACGAAGUCAACCAGCCAUUUCAGUUUCAAGCGUCUAGUGCAAAACCUUCAUGUUAUUAACUGUUAAUGAGCUGCUGUUCUUCUACCGUGAGACGCCUUGCAUUGCACCAUGAUGUGGGCUGGGUGUUGGCAACUGCCAAUAAGCUGAGUGGAUGUGUUGCUUCUUUUGCAGCCCACCAGUGAGGAGGACCUGUGCCCCAUCUGCUACGCGCAUCCCAUAUCUGCCGUAUUCAAGCCAUGCUCCCACAAGUCCUGCAAGUGAGUAAUCCCUUGGGGGAUGUGGGCUUUUCUCUACUUUUGCUUUCUGGUUGGAUGGAAGGGAUCCUAGAAGGUGCCCCAGACCAUAACUGGAGAUUUAAUUAACGAAUUUUGCCAUUUGAACUCUCUGAAGCUUCCUAGCUGAAAUCUCCUUUUCACUUGUUGCCCUAAUGGAAAGACACAGCAGCAUGAUGCUUCUGAAUAGCUACUUAGGCCAGCUCUCCCAUAUGCAAGGCUGUGACUGCACUGCGCAUGCAGAUUAGAUUCAACUGAUUUGUUUUUUGUAAAAAGCUAGCAUUUUAACCUUUCGGGCUGCGAAGUUUGGUUGAUAAAGUGUGCCAUUUGUAAUUCAAUCUUAGAAGCCAUGGGGAAGGCUGAUCAGGAUUCAAACUGGUUGGGGGGCAGGGGAAGACUUCAGUGUCUCCCAUUCCUCUAAGACAUUACAGUGGUGCCUCGCAAGACGAAAUUAAUCCGUUCCGCGAGUCUCUUCGUCUUGCGGCUUUUUCGUCUUGCGAAGCACGGCUCUUAGCGGCUUAGCGGCUAUUAACGGCUUAGUGGCUAUUAGCGGCUUUAAGAAAAAGGAAACAAACUCGCAAGACGUUUCGUCUUGCGAAGCAAGCCCAUAGGGAAAUUCGUCUUGCGGAACGACUCAAAAAACGGAAAACUCUUUUGUCUGGCGAGUUUUUCGUCUUGCGAGGCAUUCGUCUUGCGGGGCACCACUGUACCAUGACUUAGCACAUGCCCCCAAAACAAAUUUGUGUAAUUUGUUUCAUAGAGAAGUUGUAGGAUUUGAUUUUAAGAGGAAAGUGGGCAUUAUCUUGCAUGCAGAGGACACUUGCUUUUAGGUACUAGAUACGUAUUGUUGGGCCAAAGCUCGGCCUGUAGCUGUGAACAAAUGUCCAAGGCCUCCUGCUCUUGUCUUUCUAGAGCCUGCAUCAACCAGCACCUGAUGAACAACAAGGACUGCUUCUUCUGCAAAGCCACCAUCACGGGUGUGGAUGAUUACAUGAAGCCAGCCACCUCCUAG